AUGGCCGACAACAACCAGACCCUCUUACCCACAGGGGGCGCUGUGCCGGUCUUGACACGUUAACACUGCCAUCAAUUAGAGAGGAGGAGGAUCUAUGUCUGGCAUCCUAGUAUGGUGAAAGGAAUGCCUUUGUUUCAGAGACUUUUUGCCUCCCAAAAAACUUCAACAUCCAACAAUGAACAUUGGGACAAUAUAUUUCAACAUCCAAACGUUGGGAAUGAUGAGAUAUGGAAAAUGAAUGUCUAUUUUGUGAUGUCAUUAAAAAUGGCGUUAUAAGGAAAACAUUGUGACUUGAAGAGCUUUUCCACUGUGGAUAUCAGAUUUACAUCCUUUACCUUGGGUAGAAAAUAUCAAGGAGGAAGACAAUGUUUUCAUGAAGAUAGGAAUGUGAUUUUAGCUUUCUAACAACAUCAUAGUGAUGAUAAUACUUUCGCCUCGUAACUAGCCCCGCCCGAGGGAGCUCAGAGAGCGUGUCAGUAUGACGGGAACGCCCCUCUUUACCUGAGUGCAUAAAAGACUGAGAUAAGAAUGAUCAGAUCAGACUAGACGGACCUCAAGCUGCAGCUUUUGUCCAUAUUGGUCCCCAACCCUGAAAAUCAACACGAGGUGAAGACGACAAAGUUGCCUCCACUAACAAUCAACGUUACGGCUGAGUAGCUGUUCUAAGUACUGUAUCUAAGAAGGUGAAAUUUAAGUGGGACCAUCCUGUUACUCUCUUCAAACCAUCGUCUACUACACUGCUCUCAUCACGCCACAGGGGAUCAUCGACAAGACAACCGUCCUCAGAAGACCACUUCCAGAACGAGUGAAAGUAAACAGAUAACUAAGAAGAAGGACAUUGUAACCUCUUGUGGACAAUCUGAGCCUUACAUCUAAAAAGCCAUCCGAAAGAGAAGGCCCGAAUCGACCCCUUCCCACGAAGGCCUGGGUCCAACAGAGAUACACGACGAAGACCUCCAACACGUAAAUACAUGAAUUGCUUUUCUUCCCAAACGGGCGGCAGUUCGGGGCAAAGUAUUAGGAUUACUGUGAGUUUAGGUCCAUGUGUAUCCAAGUGUUUUCUCUCUCUCUCUUUUUAACUGGCCAUCUUUUGUAACAAGUGUCAUAUUGUGUUAAUCCGCUAGGGACCCGUUUUCAUUGUGUUAAGUUUCUAAUUCCUACCUAUACCGUGUACGUGUUUGUGUCUUGUGUUAUAAUUUAAUUAGUUAGUAAAUAAGUUAGUUAGUUAGUUAGUAAAUAAAUAAUUAAAUCGAUUUGUGUGGGACGGAAUGAUCAGUAAGACCCGGGUUCGUGCAGACUUAAAGAGCCUACGACUUUCAGAAUGAGACUGAUAUGGUACAUUAUUAAUAAAUGACUGUUAAACGAUAAGAGAUAUCUAGAUAUCUUUAGAGUUAAUUCGGGAAACUCGCAGACACUUCAAUCCAAAGCGACUUACAGUAAUGCAUGCAUACAGUGCAUUCGGAAAGUAUUCAUAGCCCGUGAAUGUCCCGGACUUGAACCUGAUUGAACAUCUCUGGAGAGACCUGAAAAUAGCUGUGCAGCGACGCUCCCCAUCCAACCUGACAUAGCUUGAGAGGAUCUGCAGAGAAGAAUGGGUGAAACUUCCCAAAUACAGGUGUGCCAAGCUUGUAGCGUCAUACCCAAGAAGACUCGAGGCUGUAAUCGCUGCCAAAGGUGCUUCAACAAUGUACUGAGUGAAGGGUCUGAAUACUUAUGUAAAUGUGAUAUUUCUGUUUUUAAUUUUUAAUACAUUUGCAAACAUUUCUAAAAUCCUGUUUUUGCUUUGUCAUAAUGGGAUAUUGUAUGUAGAUUGAUGAGGGGGAAAAAACAAUAUAAUCAAUUUUAGAAUAAGGCUGUAACGUAACAAAAUGUGGAAAAAGUCAAGGGGUCUAAAUACUUUCUGAAUGCACUGUAUAUUUUCGUACAGGUGGCCUCAGCGGGAAUCAUACCCGCAACCUUUGAUCUACCGCUCAGAUUUUAUUUUAAACAUGACUUAAAAACCAAUUAGCAACAGUUCUGUAGCAAUGAGGUUUGUGCAGUAGGCUAUAGGCUCAUCGCAUAUUGGCUAUGCUUGAAUUACCCUGCCAAUGAUAUUCUUCUCAGACCAUUUUGAAAUUUAUAUAUAUAUUUUUUAAAUGGGUUUAUGAUCACACUGGUAAUAGAUCAUUUGUUGUAUUACUUGUCAGGCCCAGCUGAGUGAACAUAAUAAUUUGCUUCUUUUUUUUUUCUUUUUUUUACUGGACUGAUGGCCUUCAUCUGCUGCCUCUCACCGUCCCUCUGCUGAGAAAUGGGGGCACGGUCCAGCUGAUGGCAAACCUAAAGUCGCACUGCAUUAUUUCUGCCUCAUGCACCAAUUCAUGUUAUUACUCCUAUGACCAGAGAAAGUGAAAUAUUCCUCGAUAUUAAAAACAAAAAGACACAAGCCGCUAAUAAUAACAACGCAAGCUUAUCAGAACUGUCAUGUAUGUACAUGAACUUACCUGAGGGUGGCGCUGUUACUAAUUACUACGUGUGAUCAUCUGUACUUGCGCUUGACAUCUGAUAAACAGUGUUCUUCUACCCGCAUCCCCUGCCUCAGUGUGCUAAUACACUGCUCAAAAAAAAUAAAGGGAACACUAAAAUAACACAUCCUAGAUCUAAAGCAUCCGCCAACGCCUGGACAGUCUGUGGUGCUAAUAGAUUACAUGGUGUCAGAAGUCAAAAAGUAAUAAUAAUAAUAUGCCAUUUAGCAGACGCUUUUAUCCAAAGCGACUUACAGUCAUGUGCGCAUACAUGUUUUACGUAUGGGUGGUCCCGGGGAUCGAACCCACUACCCUGGCGUUACAAGCGCCAUGCUCUACCAAUUGAGCUACAGAGGACCAACAUUCCGAAACAUGAAACAAAUGAGAACCAACUACUCUGAACCUAGAGGGAAAUCUAGCCGAAAAUUGGAGAGUGUGGAUCCAGAGAUUAAACCUUUUAUAUCAUCGCCAGCGGCAUCUCCCAAGAAAUCAGAAAAAGUGAAAUGUGCCACCUUCCUGCACGUAGCCGGAGAUGAUGCAAUCAAGGUAUUCCAUACCUUUUUGAUUUUGACGAUGACGUAGAUUACUUGGAUGUAUUGAAAGAGCUUUUCCGAACGUACUGUGAGCCAAGAAAAUAUCUGACGUACCUGAGGAAUAUCUUUUUUACGAGAGUGCAAGGACAAACAGAGUCAAUUUGAUGCUUAUGUUUCUGAUCUAAAAAAAUAAAGCAAAAGACUGUGAGUUUCAACAACUUACCGAGUCACUGAUACGGGACAGAAUUGUGUGUGGAAUCACCAAUGACCAAGUGCGAGGCAGAUUACUCCGAGAACCAGAUGUCCUGCUAGCUAGAGCAAUAGACGUUUGCCGUGCUAGUGAAGUGAGCCAGAGCCAGCUGAAAAUACUUAGUGAUGAAGUCGAGAUUCACAAGGUACAUAAGCAAAAGAAAACAAAAAAAAAGACAAAGACCGUGCCCAGCUAGUAAAAGACAGGUCGCAGGGAGAAUGCUCACGUUGUGGGUACAAACAUGAACCAAAAAAGUGUCCAGCAUACGGUCAGAUAUGCAAAGCAUGUCACAGAAAAAAGAAUUACGCCAAAAUGUGCUCCUCACGCACACGGACAGAAAACCGGAGGAUUCACGGCAUUGACAGGGAGGUGACAGCAGGAAAUGAGGACAUGUUCAUUGGGACAAUUGAAGUGAAACAGAGUGAAGUACAAUGUGUAGCUCAGCUAGUGAAUAUCAAUGAGAAAAAUACUGAGAGAGAGCAGUGGACGGAAACACUGAAAAUAAACAACCAGAAACGUACUGUUAAGCUGGAUACAGGAGCUGAGUGUAAUGUCUUGUCCGUGAGAGACUUGAAAACUGUGAAAGUGAAGGGCGAUUCCAUGCAAAAAUCCAACUGCAAGCUAGUGACAUAUUUUGGCCACCAGAUGGAGCCAAAAGGCAAAAAAAACACUCAAACGUCAAUACAUUUUUUUAUUUUUUUUAUUUUUAGUCAUUUAGCAGACGCUCUUAUCCAGAGCGACUUACAGUUAGUGCAUACAUUAUUUUUUGUAUUUUUCAUACUGGCCCCCCGUGGGAAUCAAACCCACAACCCUGGCGUUGCAAACGCCAUACUCUACCAACUGAGCUACAUCCCUGCCGGCCAUUCCCUCCCCUACCCUGGACCAAUUGUGCGCCGCCCCAUGGGUCUCCCGGUCGCGGCAGGCUACGACAGAGCCUGGAUUCGAACCAGGAUCUCUAGUGGCACAGCUAGCACUGCGAUGCAGUGCCUUAGACCGCUGCGCCACUCGGGAGGUUAACAUUUACAUUUUACAUUUUAGUCAUUUAGCAGACGCUCUUAUCCAGAGCGACAUACAGUUAGUGAGUGCAUACCUUUUUCAUAGUGGCCCCCCGUGGGAAUCGAACCCACAACUCUGGCGUUGCAAGCGCCAUGCUCUACCAACUGAGCUACACGGGACCGUGUACAAUACAAAGAGAAAGUGUUUGAACUGGAAUUUCAAGUGAUAGAACAAGAUGCCCCUGCAAUACUUGGAAGAUCAGCUUGUAUGCAAAUAGGCAGUGGUGGAAAAAGUACCCAAUUGUCAUACUUGAGUAAUAGAAGUAUAGAUACCUUAAUCGAAAGUUACUCAAGUAAAAGUGAAAGUCACCCAGUAAAUUACUACUUGAGUAAAACUCUAAAAGUAUUUGGUAAAAUAUAUUUAAGUAUCAAAAGUAAAAGUAAAAAAAUAUAAAGCAAACCAGAUGGCACCUUUUUCUUGUUUUUAAAAUGUACGGAUAGCCAGGGUCACACUCCAACACUCAGACAUUAUUUAAAAAAGAUGCAUUUGUGUUUAGUGAGUCCGCCAGAACAUAGGCAGUAGGGAUGACCACGUGUUCUCUUGAUAAGUGCGUGAAUUUCACAAUUUCCCUGUUCUGCUAAGCAGUCGAAAAGUAAUGAGUACUUUUGGGUGUCAGGAAAAAUGUAUGGAGUAAAAACUACAACAUUUUCUUUAGGAAUGUAGUGAAGUAAAAGUAAAAGUUGUCAAAAAUAUAAAUAGUAAAGUACAGAUACCCAAAAAAAACUACCUAAGUAAAAAUACUUUAAAGUACUACUUAGGUACUUUACACCACUGCAAAUGGGCUUAAUACAGAGAAUAUUCAAGCUUGAACAAAGGACAGAGACUGACAUUUUGAGUGAAUAUGAAGAUUUAUUCACAGGACUUGGACGUGUUCCAGGAGUUCAUCACAUACAAAUAGACCCAGAAGUCACACCAGUGGUUCACUCGCCCAGUGCUGUGCCUUUAGCACUAAAAGGAUACACUUAAAAAGGAACUGAACCGCAUGGGAAACAUGGGCGUCGGCGUCAGGCAGACUGAGCCUACUGAAUGGGUAAACAGCUUGGUGACAAUCGUGAAGCCAAACAAAAUACGGGUAUGCAUGGACCCACAGGAUCUAAACAAAGCCAUCAAGAGAACUCUGACAUUUCUUGAUCAUCUGUACUUGCACUUGACCCAUGGCAUCUGAUAAACAUUGUUCUUCUACCCGCAUCCCUGCCUCAGUGGGCUAACAUAUUACAAGAACACUUUGCUAUACUCAUCCAUUGCAAAGUUUUGAAUUCUCACAGUAUAAACUUUGCUGUGCCUUCGAGGUUUAUUUUUAACGGUCUAUGGCUCGAGGAAACUGUGCAGACACGAUGAUUUGAGCUAUCUGAUUGGCCAGUGGUAGGGCUAUAGGUGCACUUGAUUUUCUCUCUGGGCAUGCCGGGUAGGCUGUUCUACCUUAAUAAAAUAGGAACGGAAAGGCUUUAUCGUUGUUGUUUUUUUACAGAAGUGCUUGGUGAUCGAUCACGAUCACGAUCGACCGGUUGGUGACCACUGCCCUAACAGAUAGAGAAAACACUUGUUGGUUGAUUAAACUAACGGCCUGUAGGGUUAAUGAAACUAACGGCCUCUAGGGUUAAUGAAACUAACUAACGGUUUGUAGGGUUGAUGAAACUAACUAACGGCCUGUAGGGUUUUGUGAAUGGAGCCAGAGCCAGGCUAAGGAGGGGAACGCCCUGGAGGCUGAGCUCACUGAAAGUAUUCAUCAGCUUCUGCUUUGGUUUUCCAUUCAGGCAUAUCGUUUCUAUUUAUAGUCUCUGCUUAGUCAGAAUAGUUUUUUUGUUGAUGACCGUCAGUUGGAGGUUUGACAGAUCAAAACAGAUUAGCAAAAUGUGAGGAUGGUUGUUUUAGCAGUUAGGCCUAGCUUAGUAAUAGUGUAUGUAGCAAUGAGAAGGAUUUCUGCCUGGUAACUAUCACUAAGAGAUGAAGCGAUGGAUUUGUCCGUAGAGAUUUUAGUUUAAUCUAUGGUUCAGUAAAUGUUUUCCCACACUUUCUCGCACUGUCUGUCUCACACACUCACUCACUCUAUCUAUCACACUCUCUCUCUUACUCUCUCUGACAUUAUACAUUUACAUUUUAGUCAUUUAGCAGACGCUCUUAUCCAGAGCGACUUACAGUUAGUGAGUGCAUACAUUUUUAUUUUUUUAUACUGGAAUCGAACCCACAACCCUGGCGUUGCAAAUGCCAUGCUCUACCAACUGAGCUACAUCCCUGCCGGCCAUUCCCUCCCCUACCCUGGACGACGCUGGGCCAAUUGUGCGCCGCCCCAUGGGUCUCCCGGUCGCGGCCGGCUAUGUCUCUCUCUUUCUCUUGCUCUCAGCUGUGUGUAGCAGACUGCCAGUCCCAUAAUAGUUGUCUGGACAGACAGCGUUCCAGUGAUAGGCCACACCCCCUCCUGACGAGUAGACAGAGGGAGGAGUCAGUUUCCGCCCAUACAUACACCUGACAGAUCACACACACCACACCCCUCCUCUCACCCUAACACACCACACCCCUCCUCUCGCCUCUUUAUAAACCACACCUCUCUUCUCUCCUCCUCUCGCUUUGUUUUCAAACCAAACCCCUCUUCUCUCCCCCUCUCACCCUAGCAAACCAAACCUCGCUCCUCCUCUCACCCUAGCAAACCAAACCUCGCUCCUCCUCUCACCCUAACAAACCACACCUCUCCUCCUCUCACUGUAACAAACCACACCUCUCUUUUCUCUUCCUCUCUCCUCUUCCUCUUCCUCUCAUCUCAUCUCAUCUCUCCUCUCUCUCCUCUCUCUCUCUCCUCCCUUCUCUCCUCCUCUCCUCUCCUCUCCUCUCCUCUCCUCUCUCCAAAACAUUCCAAUUUUCACUGUUUCCACCUCCAUGGCCACUGUUGUGUAAAGAAAGGCAGGCUGUCAGAAAUAGCCCAAACCCACGAGGCAUGGGGCUUCACUUCUAAACAUUGUAUCAAAAAAAACAAAAAACAAAACACUUGGGCUAAUCUCCGUAGUAUUGCAGGCAGUUUUAAUGUCACUUCACCAUGAUGUCAUGUAUCUGGCAUCUCUCUGACAUUUGUCCCAUCGUCCCUCUGUCUCUCUUCCAGGUGCAGCUGCAGGUGCACCCCAACCUGUCGGCCAAGGAGGGAGCUCUGCAGCACAUCGAGGAGCUCAUCCUGCAGCUGCUCAACAUGCUGUGUGUGGCCCAGCCCCGCUCUGUACAGGACGUGGAGGUGAGGAUACCUGAUCAUUAGUUCUAAGUACCAGUAAUGCCUCAACUGAAAGUGCUUCUAAGUACCAGUAAUGCCUCAACUGAAAGUGCUUCUAAGUACCAGCAACGCCUCAACUGAAAGUGCUUCUAAGUACCAGCAAUGCCUCAACUGUAACUAUUUCUAAGUACCAGCAAUGCCUCAACUGUAACUAUUUCCAAGUACCAGCAAUGCCUCAACUGUAACUAUUUCUAAGUACCAGCAAGGCCUCAACUGAAAGUGCUUCUAAGUACCAGCAACGCCUCAACUGAAAGUGCUUCUAAGUACCAGCAAUGCCUCAACUGUAACUAUUUCUAAGUACCAGCAAUGCCUCAACUGUAACUAUUUCCAAGUACCAGCAAUGCCUCAACUGUAACUAUUUCUAAGUACCAGCGAAGCCUCAACUGAAAGUGUUUCAAACUACUAACAAGGCCUUAAUUGAAAGUAUUUGGGCAAUUCCACGGUAACGGAAUUACGCUUUGACUCCAUUUUGUCACUUUAACAUGUAUGCCAAACAAAAAACAUUGAUUUCAAAGUUUAUCAAAUCGGGACUACUUUUAACAAUUUCCACCGAAGAAUUUACAAAAACUACUUUUGUGAAAGAACUGUGCAGAUGCAAACUUUGGUAACGGAAUUACGGUAAAAUCUCCCUCAUGUUUUUAUGCGACCACGUGUUCCAGAAACUCUUAAAUAUCUGCCCUGAAUUAAGAUUCAAAGAUGUCUGCAGAAAGAAUGGGGUGUCAGCUAUUUGGUUAUUGAACUACAGUAAGUGAAGUGGAUUUACACCCUGUAACGGCAUUACGGUAACGGAAUUACAUCAUGGGUCCCCAUGGGUACUACAUAGAAAUGCAUCAUUAUGGAUAUGAAUGUCAUUCUCCUCAAGUUUCACAAGUUUGGAUAUCACAGCGCAAAAUAGUACAGUGCAGUACAAUACAGUAGAGUAGAGUAGAGUUCAGUACAGUAUUUAUUAGGGAUCCCCACUCUUCCAAACACAUUAAGACACGUCACACAAAAAACAAAAAAAUCAUACAGUAAAUCAUAUAACAUUAUUACACCACUACAUACACUACCGUUCAAAAGUUUGGGGUCACUUAGAAAUGUCCUUGUUUUCGAAAGAAAAGCAAUAUUUUUGUCCAUUAAAAUAACAUCAAAUUGAUCAGAAAUACAGUGUAGUCAUUGUUAAUGUUGUAAAUGGCUAUUGUAGCUGAAAACGGCUGAUUUUUAGUGGAAUAUCUUGAUGGGCGUACAGAGGCCCAUUAUCAGCAACCAUCAGUCCUGUGUUCCAAUGGCACGUUGUGUUUGCUAAUCCAAGUUUAUCAUUUUAAAAGGCUAAUUGAUCAUUAGAAAACCCUUUUGCAAUUAUGUUAGCACAGCUGAAAACCAUUGUGCUGAUUUAAAUAAGCAAUAAAACUGGCCUUCUUGAGACUAGUUCAGUAUCUGGAGCAUCAGCAAUUGUUGGUUCGAUUACAGGCUCAAAAUGGCCAGAAACAAAUAACUUUCUUCUGAAACUCGUCAGUCUAUUCUUGUUCUGAGAAAUGAAGGCUGAAGAAAUUGCCAAGAAACUGAAGAUCUCGUACAACGCUGUGUACUAAUCCCUUCACAGAACAGCGCAAACUGUCUCUAACCAGAAUAGAAAGAGGAGUAGGAGGCCCCGGUGAACAACUGAGCAAGAGGACAAAUACAUUAGAGUGUCUAGUUUGAGAAACAGACGCCUCACAGGUCCUCAACUGGCAGCUUCAUUGAAUAGUACCCGCAAAACACCAGUCUCAACGUCAACAGUGAAGCGGCGACUCCGGGAUGCUGACCUUCUAGGCAGAAUUGCAAAGAAAAAGCCAUAUCUCAGACUGGCCAAUAAAAAAAAAAGAUUAAGAUGGGCAAAAGAACACAGACACUGGACAGAGUUGUUGUUUCUCAAACUAGACACUAAUGUAUUUGUCCUCUUGCUCAGUUGUGCACGGGGGCCUCCCACUUCUCUUUUUAUUCUGGUUAGAGCCAGUUUGCAUUGUAGAAUAAUAGUGAAAACAUCAAAACUAACAUAAUCAUAUGUGUUUGUGUGUUUCUUCACAGUCCGCGUUGUUCCAUAAGGUGUAGUCUUAUGUUAUUUCUACUGCUUGCAUCAGUUACCUGGUGUGGGAUAGAGUUCCAUGUAGUCAUGGCUCUGUGUAGCCACUGUACAUUUCCCGGAGUCUGUUCUGGACUUGGUGACUGUGAAGAGACCCUUGGUGGUAUGUCUUGUGGGCUAUGCAUGAGUAUCCGAGCUGUGUGCUAGUUCGGUGCUUUUCAACAUGUCAAUACCUCUCACAAAGACAAGUAGUGAUGCAUGUCAAUCUCUCCUCUACUUUGAGCCAGGAGAGAUUGACAUGCGUGUUAUUGAUGUUAGCUCUCCGUGUAUGUUUUAAGGGGCCGGCCGUGCUGCCCUGUUUCUGGGCCAACUGUAAUUUGUCUAUGUCCUUUGAGGCACUUGACCAAAUGACUUGGCAGUAGUCCAGGUGUGACAAAACUAGAGCCUGUAGGGCUUGUUUUGUUGAUAGCAAUGUCAAGAAAGCAAGCUGCACUUAAUUACGGACAGACAUAUCCUCAUCUUAGCUACCGUUGCAUCAAUAUAUUUUGACCAUGACAGUUUACAAUUCAGGGUUACACCAAGCAGUUUAGUCUCCCCAACUCCCCAAUUUCCACAUUAUUCACAUUAUUCAUUACAAGAUUUAGUUGGGGUUUAGUGAAUGAUUUGUCCCAAAUACAAUGCUUUUAGUUUUUGAAAUAUUUAGUACUAGCUUAUUACUUGCCACCAAUGUUCCCUCCCAUUCUGAAACUGACUGCAGCUCUUUGUUAAGUGUUGCAAUGAUUUAACUUGCUGUGGUAGCUGACAUGUAUAAUGUUGAGUCAUCAGCAAAUAUAUUCAGUGCCAGUGACAGGUCAUUAGUAAAGAUUGAAAAAAGUAAGGGGCCCAGACAACUGCCCUGGGGAAUGCCCGACUCGACCUGGAUUGUUGGAGAGGCUUCCAUUAAAGAACACCCUCUGUGUUCUGUUAGACAGGUAACUCUUUAUCCACAAUAUAGCAGGGGAUGUAAAGCCAUAGCACAUGUUUUUCUAGCAGCAGAUUAUGAUCGAUAAUGUCAAAAGCCUUACUGAAGUCCAACAAAACAGCUCCCACAAGCUUCUUAUUAUCAAUUUCUAUCAGCCAAUCAUCAGUCAUUUGUGUAAGUGCCGUACAUGUUGAAUGCCCUUCCCUAUAAGCUGAAAGUCAGUUGUUAAUUUGUUUACUGUUAAAUAGCAAUGUAUCUGGUCAAACACAAUUUGUUCCAAAAGUUUACUACGGGUUGGUAACAGGCUGAUUGGUCAGCUAGUUGAGCAAGUAAAGGGUGCUUUGCUAUUCUUGGGUAGCGGAAUGUCUUUUGCUUCCCUCAAUGCCAGAGGGCAUACACUUUCCUGUAUGCUUAGAUUGAAGAGAUGGCAAAUAGGAGUGGCAAAAUAGUCCACUAUCAUCCUCAGUCAUUUUCCAUCCAAGUUGUCAGACCCUGGUGGCUUGUCAUUGUUGAUAGACAACAAUACUUUUUUCACCUCUUCCACACUCACUUUAUGGAAUUCAAAAUUACAAUGUUUGUCUUUCAUAAUUUGGUCAGAUAUGGAUGUGAAGGUUCAGAGUUUGUUGCUGGCAUGUCAUGCCUAAGUUUGCUAAUCUUGCCAAGGAAAAAAUAUUUAAAGUAGUUGGCAAUAUCAGUGGGUUUUGUGAUGAAUGAGCCAUCUGAUUCAAUGAAGGAUGGAGCUGAGUUAUUAUUUUUGCCCCAAAUUUAAUUUAAAGGGAUCCUUCGGGAUUUUGGCAAUGAAGCCCUUUAUCUAUUUCCCCAGAGUCAGAUGAACUCAUGGAUACCAUGUUUAUGUCUCUGCGUGCAGUUUGAAGGAAGUUGUUGUCAAAGGACACCAGAAAGGACACCAGAAACAAAAUUGUAGACCUGCACCAGGCUGGGAAGACUGAAUCUGCAAUAGGUAAGCAGCUUGGUUUGAAGAAAUCAACUGUGGGAGCAAUUAUUAGGAAAUGGAAGACAUACAAGACCACUGAUAAUCUCCCUCGAUCUGGGGCUCCACGCAAGAUCUCACCCCGUGGGGUCAAAAUGAUCACAAGAACGGUGAGCAAAAAUCCCAGAACCACUCGGGGGGACCUAGUGAAUGACCUGCAGAGAGCUGGGACCAAAGUAACAAAGCCUACCAUCAGUAACACACUACGCCGCCAGGGACUCAAAUCCUGCAGUGCCAGAUGUGUCCCCCUGCUUAAGCCAGUACAUGUCCAGGCCCGUCUGAAGUUUGCUAGAGUGCAUUUGGAUGAUCCAGAAGAGGAUUGGGAGAAUGUCAUAUGGUCAGAUGAAACCAAAAUAGAACUUUUUGGUAAAAACUCAACUCGUCAUGUUUGGAGGACAAAGAAUGCUGAGUUGCAUCCAAAGAACACCAUACCUACUGUGAAGCAUGGGGGUGGACACAUAAUGCUUUGGGGCUGUUUUUCUGCAAAGGGACCAGGACGACUGAUCCGUGUAAAGGAAAGAAUGAAUGGGGCCAUGUAUCGUGAGAUUUUGAGUGAAAACCUCCUUCCAUCAGCAAGGGCAUUGAAGAUGAAACGUGGCUGGGUCUUUCAGCAUGACAAUGAUCCCAAACACACCGCCCGGGCAACGAAGGAGUGGCUUCGUAAGAAGCAUUUCAAGGUCCUGGAGUGGCCUAGCCAGUCUCCAGAUCUCAACCCCAUAGAAAAUCUUUGGAGGGGGUUGAAAGUCUGUGUUGCCCAGCGACAGCCCCAAAACAUCACUGCUCUAGAGGAGAUCUGCAUGGAGGAAUGGGCCAAAAUACCAGCAACAGUGUGUGAAAACCUUGUGAAGACUUACAGAAAACGUUUGACCUGUGUCAUUGCCAACAAAGGGUAUAUAACAAAGUAUUGAGAAACUUUUGUUAUUGACCAAAUACUUAUUUUCCACCAUAAUUUGCAAAUAAAUUCAUUAAAAAUCCUACAAUGUGAUUUUCUCAUUUUGCCUGUCAUAGUUGACGUGUACAUAUGAUGAAAAUUACAGGCCUCUCUCAUCUUUUUAAGUGGGAGAACUUGCACAAUUGGUGGCUGACUAAAUACUUUUUUCCCCCACUGUACCUAUAACUUAUUUUAUACUGGACACCAGUGGCGUGUAUUCAUGGUUGCCAAGGGAAACCAGGCAUCCCCCCCCAAAAAAGGAUAAAUAAAAAUUAAAUACAAUUAUUUAUCUUUAGUCUCUCUGUGUUUUGUCAUUUUCCUUCAAUUCGCAAGAGGCUGUACGUAUCGCACAGUAGAAAGCAUCAGAGCGAGCGGAACAGCGCCCCUCUGUCUCUCUACGUGUAGGCCAUCUAUCUGAUGCUGUCUGGUCCAAACGAGUUUGACAUUGUUGCUGCCCGUAGCAUUGAAGGCAAGGGAAGCCAGCGAGUAUCUGGCUUCCCUUGACAAAAAAAAGUAUACAAAAUUAGCCAAUCUGCGUUAAGCUAAACUGAGCGAGCUGACUAUAAACUGCCCGAUUGUCCCUCCCGGACAAGUAUGACGGGACUCCAUCCAAAUGCCGUGGCUUCCUACUCCAGUGCUCCCUCUUUUUCGCUCAUCAGACGGGAGCCCCCACCACAGAGAGGUCCAAGGUUGCCACAGUCCCUACUGACCAGGCGGGCGUCAGUGUGGGCUACAGCCAUCUGAGAGAGAGGAGAGGAGGAGUUCGAGAGGUUCAUGGUUCUGUUCAGGGUGGUCUUCGACCAUCCACCGGAGGGCAGAGAGGGAGGUGAGCGACUAUUUCAACUCCGGGGGGACCCAGAACGGAGUACGCCCUCACCUUCCGGAGCGUGGCAGUCUCCAGCGGAUGGAACGAACCGGCGCUCUGCACCCUAUUCCGUAGAGGACUAUGCGAGGACGUCCAGAUGGAAUUGGCGUGCCGGGGACAACAACCUUUCCUUGGACGCGCUCAUCGCGAUGGCCAUCCGUCUGGACAACCUCCUUCAGGAGCGCCGGCACCUCCUUCGCCCCUUGCCCUCCUCCUUUGGCUGUCCUGAGGCAAAGCCUGAACCCAUGGAGAUAGGGGUCACACACCUCUCCACGGCAGAGGGGUGUCGCCGGAGACAGCUGGGGCAAUGUUCCUAUUGCGGCCAGGGGGGGCACCAGCCCCAGCCCGAGGUCCACUAGGGCAGAGGGGACGGCCCUGUGAUGGCUGGCUCCGUCUCCCAGGGUAGGCGUGAGUAUUCCUCCUUCAUCGUUUUCCACCAAACCCUUCCUGGUUUCCUAUUUCACUCUCUGGCUGUCCCUCAGGUGUUGUCUCUACUGCUCUAGUGGACUCCGGUGCCGCUGGGAAUUUCAUCGACCAGACCCUCGUCUCCUCCCUGAACAUCACCUCAUACCCGCUCUCCUUUUCUGGUCCAAGCCCUGGAUAAUCGACCAUUAGGAUCCGGCUCUAUCACGCACAUCACAGCACCACUCACUCUCACCAUGGGACCGUUGCACCAAGAAAGCCUUUGCUUCCUCAUCAUCACUGCACCCGUUCCCGUGGCUCCAACGUCAUAACGCCACCAUAUCCUGGUCGAGGAUGAAAAUCACAGCCUGGGCACCGGGAUGCAGGAAGACCUGCUUUCCCUUACCUUGUGGUUCCACGUCGGUUGAGAGUCCUGUGAGUGCCCUCCAGCCCAUCAUUCCAUCCUCCCGUAUCGUUGGCCCCGUGUUUUGGAACGUAGAUGUGGACAUCCGCCAGGCUCUGGAGAGGGAUCCCGCUCCUGCUACCUGCCCUCCUGAGCGCAUCUACGUCCCCACGGGGCUAAGGGAUCGGCUGUUGACCUGGGCACACACAUCCCUCGCCGCUGGACGCCCAGGUAUCACCCGCACCAUUCAAUCCAUCUCUGCGAAGUACUGGUGACCCACCUUGGCACAGGACGUUGCCCACGAUGUGAAUUCAUGCUCCGUAUGUGCACAAACAAUCUCCCCGGCACGCUCCAGCAGGGAAACUCCUUCCCGUGCCUCAGCGGCCUUGGUCCCAUCUGUCCAUAGAUUUCGUUACUGAUCUCCCACCGUCUGAUGGUUUCACCACUAUUAUGGUUGUUGUGGACAGAUUCUCUUGCUGUUUUAUCCCUCUCUCUGGUCUCCCUACCGCUCUCCAGGUCGCUGUUCCAGCAGAUCUUCUGGCAUUAUGGCCUUCCGGAGGACAUCGUCUCCGACCAUGGCCCCCAAUUCACGUCGUGGGUAUGGAAACCACGUUGUGGUUUCGGUGCGAAGAGGAGGUUUGGAAUGCUGCCCACGUGAGGCUCCAGCGCACCUUCCGCCGCCAGAAGGAGCAGGCGGAUCACCACCACAGUGAGGCUCCCGUGUUCCAUCCUAGUGAUUUGCGUCUGGCUCUCCACCAGGAACCUCCCGCUCCACCUGCCCUGCCGGAAGCUGAGCCCCCGGUUUGUGGGGCCCUUCAAGGUCCUCCGGAGGGUCAACGAGGUAACAUACCGUUUACAACUCCCCACCAACUACCGGAUCUCACCCUCUUUUCAUGUUUCCCUCCUCAGGCCGGCGGUUCCUGGUCCCCUGGCUGAUGCCGUCCCCAGCAACACCCCUCCGCCUCCCCUGGACAUCGAUAGGAUCCCUGCCUAUGCCGUCAGGUCCCUACUGGACUCUCGACGUCGUGGGGGCCGGCUUCAGUACCUGGUGGACUGGGAGGGGUACAGUCCAGAGGAGCACUGUUGGGUCUCGGCGGCCGAUAUCCUGGACCCCAACAUCGUCCUGGAUUUUCAUCUCCGCCGUUCAGACCGGCCCACUACUUUCUCUCGGGGCCGUCCUCCUGGCCGGUCUACUAACAACCGGUCCUGGCAACCAUCAUUACGCACACCUGCCCCCUAUCAGUACGCACACCUGUUAGCCAUCAUUACGCACACCUGGACUUCAUCACCUUCCCUUUAUUUAGCCCUCAGUAGCCUCAGUCAUCAGGCAGUAUUGGUUUGUUUUCAUUCACGUUCUGUACGCUUCUCAUGUUUUGUUUAUCUGCAUUUUUCAUUAUUAAACUCACCUUCUGCACUUGCUUCCUGACUCCCGGCUUAUACGUGACACUGCCGCACCAACAAAAAAAAAAGUGUUAAGGGAAGCCAUCUUGGAUUUGGCGUCAGUCCAAUCAAAUCCCAUUGAGAGCAUACGUCAUUGACAGAAAAACUUGAAUUGUUGCGUCUCGUUGCCCUUUCCUAAAUUAGCCGUGGAUGGAGAUAGGGAUUUGGACUUGUGGUUUUACUUAAUUCUCCGUACUGCCCAAUGAUUAUAACGCUGAUUCUGAUCCGCUUAGCUUCCCCGGUGAUUUUACCCACGCACAGCUACUGCUGGACACACAAAUGGUAUCCAAGAGUUCAUCUGACUCUGGGGAAGUAGAUACAGGGCCUAAUUGCCAAAAUCUGGAAGGAUCCCUUUAAGGUGCUCCAAAGCGUUUUGAAGGAUCCCUUUAAGGUGCUCCCAAGCGUUUUACUAUAAUUCAUCUUUGUUUUCAUAGUACAGUUUCUUCUUUGUUUCAUAGUACAAUAGAGUACAGUAAAGUAAAGUACAAUAGUAUACAGUACUUUUCUGUACUGUACUGUAUUGUACUACUGUAUUGGACUCAACUAUAGUGUAUUGUACUCUACUGUCCAAAUUUGUGAAACAUACGUCUAUGGUAGGUUCAGAUUUGGUCAAAUCAAAUUAACAUCUAGGCCAGGGUGGACUGACCAAAUUUAAACUACUUUUCAACGUCCAUGGACGUCCGUUGUCGGUCGGUGCUCAGUGGGUGCCGGUUACAGUAAAUGGAAAGAGAGGCUCAUGGGUAGGUGACAGUAAGAGCCAGGAGAGAGAGAGACAGCGGGAGCGACAGAGAGAGGAGGUUGUCCAGACUCGGACUGUUGUAACACUCUUGGUUUGACCACCAGACAACAGAAAGACAAAGAAAACUGUUAUGAGCUUAACGUAACAGUAUGCCAGCGGAAUGGAGGACAGUAGCAGGAGACCCUAUGAGCUGAACAUAACAGUAUGCCAGCGGAAGGGAGGACAGUAGCAGGAGACCCUAUGAGCUGAACAUAACAGUAUACCAGUGGAAGGGAGGACAGUAGCAGGAGACCCUAUGAGCUGAACAUAACAGGAUACCAGUGGAAGGAGGACAGUAGCAGGAGACCCUAUGAGCUGAACAUAACAGUAUACCAGUGGAAGGGAGGACAGUAGCAGGAGACCCUAUGAGCUGAACAUAACAGUAUACCAGUGGAAGGGAGGACAGUAGCAGGAGACCCUAUGAGCUGAACAUAACAGGAUACCAGUGGAAGGAGGACAGUAGCAGGAGACCCUAUGAGCUGAACAUAACAGUAUACCAGUGGAAGGGAGGACAGUAGCAGGAGACCCUAUGAGCUGAACAUAACAGUAUACCAGUGGAAGGAGGACAGUAGCAGGAGACCCUAUGAGCUGAACAUAACAGUAUGCCAGCGGAAGGAGGACAGUAGCAGGAGACCCUAUGAGCUGAACAUAACAGUAUACCAGUGGAAGGAGGACAGUAGAAAGUGACCCAACUGUGGUUUGUGACUGUUAUGAUUUCUCAGUAGCCAGUUGCAGUAAUCCGUUACAUCUUUUUUGGUAAUUUGGUAACGGAAUAAUGAGUUUUACUACAAUAAUUACUUCUGUGAACUUUCAUUACCCUCCCUCCUCAUGAGGGAGAGAAAUUAGAAAAUAUCUUAAAGCAGCAUUAUGUAACUUUUUGGGAGACCCGACCAAAUUCACAUAGAAAUGUGUCUUGUAGAUCUGUCAUUCUCAUUGAAAGCCAGUCUAAGAAGCGGUAGAUCUGUUCUAUCUGCGCUAUUUCUACACUUCCCGUUCUUAAGUUUCGCUUUUGCGUCUUUUACUUUUGGUUUUGUACACCAGCUUCAAACAGCUGAAAAUACAAUAUUUUUGGUUAUUGAAAAUAUAUUUCACAGUGGUUUAGAUGAAACAAUGAUUCUCUACACUAUACUUGCUUGUUUUGUCACAUAAACUGAAAUUAGGCGAACUAUUAGAAUUUUAGCAACCAGGAAAUGGCGGAGCGAUGUCUGCAUAUUGCACCUUUAAAGAUAUGUGUCCCACUAAGCUGCUGCAUCAGAUGACCUGGCCUCCACAAUCACCUGACCUCAAUCCAAUUGAGAUGGUUUGGGAUGAAUUGGACUGCAGAGUGAAGGAAAAGCAGCCAACCAACAAGUGCUCAGCAUAUGUGGGAACUCCUUCAAGACUGUUGGAAAAGCAUUCCAGGUGACUGCCUCAUGAAGCUGGUUGAGAGAAUGCCAAGAGUGUGCAAAGCUAUCAUCCAGGCAAAGGGUGGCUACUUUGAAGAAUCUCAAAUAUAUAAUAUAUUUUGAUUUGUUUAACAUUGGUUACUACAUGAUUCCAAAUGUAUUAUUUCAUAGUUUUGAUGUCUUCACUAUUAUUCUACAAUGUAGAAAAUAGUUUAAAAAAUAAAGAAAAACCCUUGAAUGAGUAGGUGUGUCCAAACUUUUGACUGGUACUGUAUAUCUGGGGAAGGGUAUGCGCCACUGCGUCUCCCGAGUGGCGCAGUGGUCUAAGGCACUGCAUCGCAGUGCUAGCUGUGCCACUAGAGAUCCUGGUUCGAAUCCAGGCUCUGUCGUAGCCGGCCGCGACCGGGAGACCCAUGGGGCGGCGCAGAAUUGGCCCAGCGUCGUCCAGGGUAGGGGAGGGAAUGGCCGGCAGGGAUGUAGCUCAGUUGGUAGAGCUUGGCGUUUGCAACUCCAGGGUUGUGGGUUCAGUUCCCACAGGGGGCCAGUAUGAAAAAUAAAAAAAUAAUGUAUGCACUCACUAACUGUAAGUCGCUCUGGAUAAGAGUGUCUGCUAAAUGACUAAAAUGUAAAAUGGGUAUAAAACAAUUUCUUGAGUGUUGAACAUUUCCAAGAGCACAGUGGUCUCCAUCAUUGGGAACUAUGGAACUACCCAGACUUCUGCAAGAAGGACCUUGGUCAGGGAGGUGACCAAGAACCCAAUGAUCACUCUGACAGAACUACAGAGUUCCUUGGCUGAGAUGGGAGACGGUCUCCACAGCACUUCACCAAUCUGGGCUUCAUGGGAGAGUGGCCAGACGGAAACCACUCCUGAGAAAAAGGCACAUGACAGCACGCCUUGAGUUUGCAAAAAGGCAUGUGAAAGACUGAGAGCAUAAGGCAAAAUAUUUUGUGGUCUGAUGAGACAAAAAUGUUACUUUUGGCCUGAAUGUAAAAAGCGCUAUGUCUGGAGAAAACCAGGCACAGCUCAUCACCAGUCUAACACCAUCUCUACCUGGAAGCAUAGUGGUGGCAUCAUAAUAAUAAUAUGCCAUUUAGCAGACGCUUUUAUCCAAAGCGACUUACAGUCAUGUGUGCAUACAUUUUUACGUAUGGGUGGUCCCGGGGAUCGAACCCACUACCCUGGCGUUACAAGCGCCAUGCUCUACCAAUUGAGCUACAGAGGACCACAUGCUAUGGGGAUGCUUUUCAGUGACAGGGACUGGGAGACUAGGUAAGGAUAGAGGGAACAAUGCAUGGAGCAAAAUACAGGCAAAUCCUUGAUGAGAACCGGCUUCAGAGUGCAAACGACUUUAGACUGGGGGGGCGAAGAUUUACGUUCCAACAGGACAAUGACCCCAAGAAUACAGCCAAAGCAAUGAUGGAAUGGCUUCAGAACAAGAACGGUAAACUCCUUGAGUGGCCCAGCCAAAGCCCAGACUUUAAACCCAAUGAAGAUCUGUGGAAAGAUUUGAAGAUUGCUGUUCACCGCUGCUCCACAUCUAAUUUAAUAGAUCUUGAGUAAAUCUGCAAGGAAGAAUGGGAGAAAAUCCCCAAAUCCAAAUGUGCAAAGCUGAUACAGACAUACCCAAGACGAUUCAAAGCUGUAAUCACCGCCAAAGGUGUUUCUACAAAGUAUUGACUCGGGUGUGAAUACAGUGCAUUCGGAAAGUAUUCAGACCCCUUGACUUUUUCCACAUUUUGUUACGUUACAGCCUUAUUCUAAAAUUGAUCAAAUAAAAAAAUUUACACAGCAAUCUACACACAAUAAAAACAUCUGUUUUUAAUCUGAUUGAUUGAUUGCUUCUGUGGACAGGUGUCUUUUAUACAGGUAACAAGCUGAGAUUAGGAGCACUCCCUUUAAGAGUGUGCUCCUAAUCUCAGCUCUUUACCUGUAUAAAAGACACCUGGGAGCCAGAAAUCUUUCUGAUUGAGAGGGGGUCAAAUACUUAUUUCCCUCAUUAUAAUGCAAAUCAAUUUAUAACAUUUUUGACAUGCGUUUUUUUCUGGAUUUUUUUGUUGUUAUUCUGUCUCUCACUGUUCAAAUAAACCUACCAUUAAAAUUAUAGACUGAUCAUUUCUUUGUCAGUGGGCAAACGUACAAAAUCGGCAGGGGAUCAAAUACUUUUUUCCCCUCACUGUAGUUUAGUAGCUACGGUCACACCCAGAACAGAGCUGAGACAAUAUCAAUUUCAGUCCAUUAAAAAUAAGGCAUUACAAAAUCCACAUCAAGAAAAUAACCAGUUAUCUGAGGCUGCAUCCCAAAUGACACCCUAUUCACUAGAUAGUGCACUACAUAGGGAAUAGGGUGUAAUUUGUGACGUAGCCGGAGUCCAUCUACAAACAGAGGAAAGUGCACUUCAGUUGUUGUAUGGCAAAGAGAAGGCAUCUGAACCAUUAGUGAUAUACAGGGCAUUCAGAAAGUAUUCAGACCCAUUCACUUUUUCCACCUUUUGUGAAGUUACAGCCUUAUUCUAAAACUGAUUGAAUAAAUGUGUUUCCUUCUCAAUCAACACACAACACCCCAUAAUGACAAAGUGAAAACAGGUUUUUAGAUUUUUUUGCAAAUUUAUAAAAAAUAGAAAACAGAAAUACCUUAUUUACAUAAGUAUUCAGACCCUUUGCUAUGAGACUUGAAAUUGAACUCAGGUGCAUCCUGUUUCCAUUGAUCAUCCUUGAGAUGUUUCUACAACUUGAUUGGAGUCCACCUGUGGUAAAUUCAAUUGAUUGGACAUGAUUUGGAAAGACAUACACCUGUCUAUAUAAGGUCCCACAGUUGACAGUGCAUGUCAGAGCAAAAACCAAGAAAAUAGGAUUUUUCUUUUUUCCUUUUUCUAUGUAAGGUCCCACAGUUGUGGGUCCCCUGUAGCUCAGUUGGUAGAGCAUGGUGCUUGCAACGUCAGGGUUGUGGGUUCGUUUCCCACGGGGGGCCAGUAUGAAAAUGUAUGCACUCACUAACUGUAAGUCGCUCCUGGAUAAGAGCGUCUGCUAAAUGACUAAAAUGUAAAUGUAAAUGUUAAUGUUGACAGUGCAUGUCAGAACAAAAACCAAGCCAUGAAGUCGAAGGAAUUGUCUGUAGAGCUCCGAGACAGGAUUAUGUCGAGGCACAGAUCUGUGGAAGGGUACCAGAACAUGUCUGCAGCAUUGAAGGUCCCCAAGAACACAGUGGCCUCAUCAUUAUUAAAUGGAAGAAGUUUGGAACCACCAAGACUCUUUCUAGAGCUGGCCGCCCGUUCAAACUGAGCAAUCUGGGUAGAAGGGCCUUGGUCAGGGAGGUGACCAAAAACCCGAUGGUCAUUCUGACAGAGCUCCAGAGUUCCUCUGUGGAGAUGGGAUAACCUUACAGAAGGACAACCAUCUCUGCAGCACUCCACCAAUCAGGCCUUUAUGGUAGAGUGGCCAGACGGAAGCCACUCCUCAGUAAAAGGCACAUGACAGCCCGCUUGGAGUUUGCCAAAAGGACUAAAGGACUCUCAGACCGUGAGAAACAUGAUUCUCUGGUCUGAUUAAACCAAGAUUGAACUCUUUGGCCUGAAUGCCAAGGGUCACGUCUGGAGGAAACCUGGCACCAUCCCUACGGUGAAGCAUGGUGGUGGCAGCAUCAUGCUGUGGGGAUGUUUUUCAGCAGCAGGGACUGAGAGACUAGUCAGGAUCGAGGGAAAGAUGAACGGAUCAAAGUACAGAGAGAUCCUUGAUGAAAACCUGCUCCAGAGCGCUCAGGACCUCAGACUGGGGCGAACGUACACCUUCCAACAGGACAACGACCCUAAGCACACAGCCAAGACAAUGCAGGAGUGGCUUCAGGACAAGUCUCGGAAAAUAGCUGUGCAGCGACGCUCCCCAUCCAACCUGACAGAGCUUGAGAGGAUCUGCAGAGAAGAAUGGAAGAAACUCCCCAAAUACAAGUGUGCCAAGCUUGUAGCGUCAUACCCAAGAAGACUUGAUGUCUGUAAUCGCUGCCAAAGGUGCUUCAACAAUGUACUGAGUAAAGGGUCUGAAUACUUAUGUAAAUGUGAUAUUUCCAUUUUUCUAUUUGUAAUAAAUGUCAAAAAACGUAUAAAAACCUGUUUUCGCUUUGUCAUUAUGGGGUAUUGUGUGUAGAUUGAUGAGGGGAAAAACAAUUUAAUCAAUUUUAGAAUAAGGCUGUAACGUAACAAAAUGUGGAAGAAGUCAAGGGGUCUGAAUACUUUCUGAAUGCACUGCACAUGUUAUUGUAUACUAUAUACAUAUGUAAAUAGAUAUUUCUGUAUUUCAGUUUCAAUAAAUGUGUUAACAUAAAAAAAAAAAAACAUGUUUUCACUUUGUCAUUAUGGAGUAUUGUGUGUAGACGGGUGAGAUAAAAAAAAAAAAUAUUGAAUCCAUUUUGAAUUCACACAAAAUAACACAACAUGUGGAAUACGCCAAGGGGUCUGAAUAAUUUCUGAAGGCACUGUAUAUGUUAUUGGGUACUAUAUACAUCAACAUGCUGUGAGUGGCCCGGCCUCGCUCCGUGCAGGACGUGGAGGUGAGGCUCCGCCCCCUGACCAUGACGCCUCCCCUACUGGUCUACCUUACACACACCUGAACACGCUGCCUAGUACCUAUUGGACAUUCCUCCCGUCAAUCACCGUUGAUAUCAACACAUCACAGUUGAAGGGUCUGUCAAUAUGGAUCAUGUUUCAUCUGCUACUGUGAAGUUUGAUUAAACACUACUUCCAAAUGUAAGAAAGACAUCUGAUUUAACAGUAUUUGCGCUUCCUCUCCCUCUGUCCGAUCAGGAGCGGGUCCAGAAGACCUUCCCCCACCCCAUAGAUAAAUGGGCCAUAGCCGACGCCCAGUCAGCCAUCGAGAAAAGGAAGAGGAGGAACCCCCUGCUGCUCCCCGUCGAUAAGAUACACCCCCUACUGAAGGUAGAUACACCCCCUGCUGCUCCCCGUCGAUAAGAUACACCCCCUACUGAAGGUAGAUACACCCCCUGCUGCUCCCCGUCGAUAAGAUACACCCCCUACUGAAGGUAGAUACACCCCCUGCUGCUCCCCGUCGAUAAGAUACACCCCCUACUGAAGGUAGAUACACCCCCUACUGAAGGUAGAUACACCCCCUGCUGCUCCCCGUCGAUAAGAUACACCCCCUACUGAAGGUAGAUACACCCCCUGCUGCUCCCCGUCGAUAAGAUACACCCCCUACUGAAGGUAGAUACACCCCCUACUGCUCCCCGUCGAUAAGAUACACCCCCUACUGAAGGUACAGUGUCUUACCACCUGCUAAGUGUCUUCACUGACCUUUUCAACCUCUCCCUGACUGAGUCUGUAAUACCUACAUGUUUCAAGCAGACCACCAUAGUCCCUGUACCUAAGAACACUAAGGUAACCUGCCUAAAUGACUAUCGCCCCGUAGCACUCACGUCGGUAGCCAUGACGUGCUUUGAAAGGCUGGUCACGGCUCACAUCAACACCAUUAUCCCAGAAACCCUAGACCCACUCCAAUUCGCAUACCGCCCCAACAGAUUCACAGAUGACGCAAUCUCAGUCGCACUCCACACUGCCCUUUCCCACCUGGACAAAAGGAACACCUAUGUGAGAACGCUGUUCAUUGACUACAGCUCAGUGUUCAACACCAUAGUGCCCUCAAAGCUCAUCACUAAGCUAAGGACCCUGGGACUAAACACCUCCCUCUGCAACUGGAUCCUGGACUUCCUGACGGGCCACCCCCAGGUGGUAAGGGUAGGUAACAACACAUCUGCCACGCUGAUCCUCAACACGGGGGCCCCUCAGGGGUGCGUGCUUAGUCCCCUCCUGUACUCCCUGUUCCCCCAUGACUGCAUGGCCACGCACGACUCCAACACCAUCAUUAAGUUUGCUGAUGACACAACGGUGGUAGGCCUGAUCACCGACAACGAUGAGACAGCCUAUAGGGAGGAGGUCAGAGACCUGGCAGUGUGGUGCCAGGACAACAACCUCUCCCUCAACGUCAGCAAGAUAAAGGAGAUGAUCGUGGACUACAGGAAAAGGAGGGCCGAACACGCCCCCAUUCACAUCGACGGGGCUGUAGUGGAGCAGGUCGAGACUUCCUUGGUGUCCACAUCACCAACAAACUAUCAUGGUCCCAACACACCAAGAAAGUUGUGAAGAGGGCAUGACAAAGCCUAUUCCCCCUCAGGAGACUGAAAAGAUUUGGCAUGGGUCCUCAGAUCCUCAAAAAGUUCUACAGCUGCACCAUCGAGAGCAUCCUGACCGGUUGCAUCACCGCCUGGUAUGGCAACUGCUCGGCAUCCAACCGUAAGGCGCUACAGAGGGUAGUGCGUACGGCCCAGUACAUCACUGGGGCCAAGCUUCCUGCCAUCCAGGACCUCUAUACUAGGCGUGUCAGAGGAAGGCUCCCUGCCUGUGCCAUUAAACCCCUACAACUUAUCCAGAACGCCGCAGCCCGUCUGGUGUUCGACCUUCCCAAGUUCUCUCAUGUCACCCCGCUCCUCCGCACACUCCACUGGCUUCCAGUUGAGGCUCGCAUCUACUACAAGACCAUGGUGCUUGCCUACUGAGCUGUGAGGGGAACGGCACCUCCUUACCUUCAGGCUCUGAUCAGACCGUACACCCAAACAAGGGCACUACGUUCAUCCACCUCUGGCCUGCUAGUUCCCCUACCUCUACGGAAGCACAGUUCCCGCUCAGCCCAGUCAAAGCUAUUCGCUGCUCUGGCACCCCAAUGGUGGAACAAGCUCCCCCACGACGCCAGGACAGCGGAGUCACCUGACCACCUUCCAGAGACACUUGAAACCCUACCUCUUUAAGGAAUACCUGGAAUAGUACAAAGUAAUCCUUCUACCCCCCCCCCCCCCCUCCCCCACCCCCCCAUAAAAAAAAAAAAGUGGUUAUCCCACUGGCUAUCAUAAGGUGAAUGCACCAAUUUGUAAGUCGCUCUGGAUAAGAGCGUCUGCUAAAUGAUGUAAAUGUAAAUGAACGCCCCAAAAAUUGUCAAAGACUCCAGUCACCCUAGUCAUAGACUGUUCUCUCUGCUACCGCACGGCAAGCGGUACCGGAGCGCCAAGUCUAGGUCCAAAAGGCUCCUUAACAGCUUCUACCCACAAGCCAUAAGACUGCUGAACAAUUAAUCAAAUGGCCACCCGGACUAUUUGCAUUAUUUUCUUAACUCUAUUUUCUUAACUGCAUUUCACUGUAAGGUCUACACCUGUUGUAUUCGGCGCAUGUGACAAAUAAAAUGUGAUUUGAUUUGAUACACCCCCUACUCAAGGUACUGUGGUAGACACACCCCCUACUCAAGGUACUGUGGUAGACACACCCCCUACUCAAGGUACUGUGGUAGACACACCCCCUACUCAAGGUCCUGUGGUAGACACACCCCCUACUCAAGGUACUGUGGUAGACACACCCCCUACUCAAGGUACUGUGGCAGGUAGACACACCCCCUACUCAAGGUCCUGUGGUAGACACACCCCCUACUCAAGGUACUGUGGUAGACACACCCCCUACUCAAGGUACUGUGGUAGACACACCCCCUACUCAAGGUACUGUGGUAGGUAGACACACCCCCUACUCAAGGUACUGUGGUAGACACACCCCCUACUCAAGGUACUGUAGACACACCCCCUACUCAAGGUACUGUGGUAGACACACCCCCUACUCAAGGUACUGUAGACACACCCCCUACUCAAGGUACAGGUCUUAGUCCAAUCAAGAUGAUUUACCUUCAUCCUGUACUACACUGAUGAUACGGUCACCCGUCCUUAUUCAGGACCUCCUUUAACAAGUCCUGGUUGGACGUCUCCCAGCUGAUUCCCUCCUGAUUCCAGGAAUCCUCCAACCAGGAUUUCUGGGAAAACCUAAGAAUUUGAGGACAUUUUCUAGAAUUUUGCAACCGUACUCCUUAUACCAUGCCUCUUCCCCUGCUGUUUGUCCCGUCAACAGGAGGUCCUGGGGUAUAAGAUAGACUACCACGUCUGCCUCUACAUCGUGGCGGUUCUAGAAUACAUAUCAGCUGACAUCCUGAAGCUAGCAGGAAACUACGUUGGUAACAUCCGACACUAUGAAAUCAGCCAGCAAGACAUCAAAGUGUCCAUGUGUGCAGACAAGGUAGCAAACUUACUAUACCACUGUCUGUCUGUCUCUUUCUGUCCGUAUGUCUGUCUGUCUCUUUCUGUCCGUAUGUCUGUCUGUCUCUUUCUGUCCGUAUGUCUGUCUGUCUCUCUUUCUGUCCGUAUGUCUGUCUGUCUCUCUUUCUGUCCGUAUGUCUGUCUGUCUCUUUCUGUGUAGACUGUCUGCCUCUUUCUGUGUAGACUGUCUGCCUCUUUCUGUCCAUAUGUCUGUCUCUCUUUCUGUCCGUAUGUCUGUCCGCCUCUUUCUGUCCGUAUGUCUGUCCGCCUCUUUCUGUCCGUAUGUCUGUCUGCCUCUUUCUGUGUAGACUGUCUGCCUCUUUCUGUGUAGACUGUCUGCCUCUUUCUGUCCAUAUGUCUGUCUCUCUUUCUGUCCGUAUGUCUGUCCGCCUCUUUCUGUCCGUAUGUCUGUCCGCCUCUUUCUGUCUGUAUGUCUGUCUGCCUCUUUCUGUGUAGACUGUCUGCCUCUUUCUGUGUAGACUGUCUGCCUCUUUCUGUCCAUAUGUCUGUCUCUCUUUCUGUCCGUAUGUCUGUCCGCCUCUUUCUGUCCGUAUGUCUGUCUGUCUCUUUCUGUCCGUAUGUCUGUCUGCCUCUUUCUGUGUAGACUGUCUGCCUCUUUCUGUCCGUAUGGCUGUCUUUCUCUUUUUGUGUAUCUGUUUCUGUGUGUCAUUGUAUGUCUCUGAGUCAUCCCUCAAUGCCAAUCCACUCCAAAGUAGGUAGAUAUUCAGAAGGUAUUCACACCCCUUGACUUUUCCCACAUUUUGUUGUGUUACAGCCUGAAUUUAAAAUGGAUUAAAUUGAGAUUUUGUUUCACUGGCCUACACACAAUACCCCAUAAUGUAAAGUGGAAUUAUGUUUUUAGAAAGGUUUACAAAUUAAUUAAAACUGAAAGCUGAAAUGUCUGAGUCAAUAAAUAUUCAACCCCUAUAAAAUGGCAAUCCUAAAUAAGUUCAGGAGUAAAAAUGUGCUUAACAAGUCACAUAAUACACUGCAUGGAUUCACUGUGUGCAAUAGUGUUUAACAUGAUUUUUGAAUGACUACCUCAUCUCUGUACCCCACACAUACAAUUAUCUGUUAGAUCCCUCCAUCGAGCAGUGAAUUUCAAACACAGAUUCAACCACAAAGACCAGGGAGGUUUUCCAAUGCCUCGCAAAGACGGGUUCCUAUUGGUAGAUGGGUAAGAAAAAAUAAGCAAACAUUGAAUAUCCCUUUGAACACGGUGAAGUUAUUGAUUACACUUACACCAGUCACUACAAAGAUACAGGCGUCCUUCCUAACUCCGUUGCUGGAGAGGAAGGAAACCGCUCAGGGAUUUCACCAUGAGGUCAACGGUGACUUUAAAACAGUUAAAGUUUAAUGGCUGUGAUAGGAGGAAACUGAGGAUGGAUCAACAUUGUAGUUACUCCACAAUAAUAACCUAAAUGACAGUGUGAAAAGAAAACAUGCAUCCUGUUUGCAAUAAGGCAUUAAAGUAAAACUGCAAAAAAUGUGGCAAAGAAAUUAACUUUAUGUCCUGAAUACAAAGUGUUAUGUUUUGGGGCAAAUCCAACACAACACAUCACUGAGUACCACUCUUCAUAUUUUCAAGCAUGGUGGUGGCUGCAUCAUGUUAUGGGUAUGCUUGUCAUCGGCAAGGACUAGAGUUUUUUAGGAUAAAAAUAAAAGGAAUAGAGCUAAGCACAGGCAAAUUCCUAGAGGAAAACCUGGUUCAGUCUUCUGGGAAACAAAUUCACCUUUCAGCAGGACAAUAAGCUAAAUAACAAAGCAAAAUAUACACGUGUUGCUUACCAAGAUGACAUUAAAUGUUCCUGAGUGGCCUAGUUACAGUUUUGACUUAAAUCAGCUUGAACGUCUAUGGCAAGACUUGAAAAUGGCUGUCUAGCAAUGAUCAACAACCAACUAGACAGAGCUUGAAGAAUUUUAAAAAGAAUAAUGUGCAAAUAUUGUACAAUCCAGGUAUGCGAAGCUCUUAAGAGACUUACCUAGAAAGAUUCACAGCUGUAAUCGCUGUCAAAGGUGAUUCUAACAUUUAUUGACUCAGUGGUGUUAAUACUUAUGGAAAUUAGAUUUCUGUAUUUCAUAUUCUAAAAAUAUGCAAAACAUUUCUACAAACAUGUUUUCGCUUUGUGGUUAUGGGGUAUUGUGUGUAAAUGGGUGAUUUUUUUUUUUUUUAUUUAAUCCAUUUAGAAUUCUGCCAGUAACACAACAAAAUGUGGAAUAAGUCGAGGGGUAUGAAUACUUUCUGAAGGCACUGUACCUGGUUGACUUGGUAACCUGUCUCUGUGUGUCUGUACCAGAUGUUUAUGGACGUGUUUGACCAAUGAUGUCUCUGUCUCAGGUCCUAAUGGACAUGUUUGACCAGGACGAGGACAUCGGUCUGGUGUCUCAGUGUACGGAGGAGCCGUCGUCGUCGGGCGAGCUGACCUACGACGACCUGGUGCGCCUGGAGAUCGCAGAGGAGCGCCAGUACCUGCGGGAACUCGAUCUCAUCAUCAAGGUGUUCCGACAUCACUUCCUGUUCAACAACAAGAUCUUCACCCCUCAGGUGAGAACAUUAAGACAGGUUAUGAACACCUUAUGAACUGUUUAUAAAUGGCAGUCAUCUUACAACAGUAGCCAACAUAACACAGUAGACAGCUUACAAACAAAUCCAGUGUAAGACCAUGUUACGUUCCCCCAGCAAGAAAACCAAAUAAUGUCGCUCAAACAGACGGGAAAACUAACAAAGAGUCACUGACAACAACCAAAACGAAACAGGUGGGGCUUUAGGAGGGGUUCUGAAAGACACUCAUGGGGGUGUCCACUGAAAGUUGACUAGCAACAACAACUGGGACCUAAAAGACGCCCACCAUCAUCGCCCACUAAAUUUGCCCAAGAAGAGGCAAACAAAAUUAAAACCCAAACCAAACUUAAAGACAGGAAGCAAACCACAAAGUGGAGCAAAAUGAAAUCAGGGAAGAUCAGAUAAAGGAUUGUUUGACUAGAAAUCAAAUAGGGAGAGAUAACUAAAGGUGUUAACCCUCCUACAUCUAUCAAGACCACUAAAUGAGUUAACCCUCCACAUCUAUCAAGACAACUGGAGGAGUUAACCCUCCACAUCUAUCAAGACAACUGGAGGAGUUAACCCUCCACAUCUAUCAAGACAACUGGAGGAGUUAACCCUCCACAUCUAUCAAGACAACUGGAGGAGUUAACCCUCCACAUCUAUCAAGACAACUGGAGGAGUUAACCCUCCACAUCUAUCAAGACCUAUCAAUAAAAUGUGAUUUGAAGACCCCUGGAGCACUGGGCCAGCCACUCUUAAAUAGCACCUGGGCCAGCACAGGUGAAACACCUUCCCACUAACGAGAUGGCAACCAGCACAGCUUUAACACUUACUGACUAACGAGGUGACACCCUAACGGUGCGCCCUACGCGCUAACGAGCUCAAAACAAAAAAAUUGAAAAACCAAAGCAUGUAACAGACAAUUAGAACUGAAGAUUAGAACUGAACAGCUGUAAUCAGCUAACUGGCUAAUCUGGCCUGCAGUUGUAGUGUGCUGUGCUCAAAUCAACUUCAACACUGAGACUCAUAUCACCUUCAACACUGAGACUCAUAUCACCUUCAACACUGAGACUCAAAUCACCUUCAACACUGAGACUCAAAUCAACUUCAACACUGAGACUCAAAUCAACUUCAACACUGAGACUCAAAUCAACUUCAACACUGAGACUCAAAUCAACUUCAACACUGAGACUCAAAUCACCUUCAACACUGAGACUCAAAUCAACUUCAACACUGAGACUCAAAUCAACUUCAACACUGAGACUCAAAUCACCUUCAACACUGAGACUCAAAUCACCUUCAACACUGAGACUCAAAUCAACUUCAACACUGAGACUCAAAUCAACUUCAACACUGAGACUCAAAUCACCUUCAACACUGAGACUCAAAUCACUUUCAACACUGAGAAUCAAAUCACCAGUUUAAACACUGAGACUCAAAACACCUUCAACACUGAGACUCAAAAUACUGUACCUUCAACACUUGUUUCUGCCACCGUCUCUUAUGACCAAAAAGAGCUUCUGGAUAUCAGGACAGCGAUUACUCACCUCGUAUUGGACGAAGAUUUUUUUAUUCAACGAGUCGGACGCAAAUAAUAUUCUACAGACACCCGACAAGGCCCAAAUCCCCGUCAUUCGCAUGAGAAAGAGACAGAGAUAUCGUGGACGUAGGUCGGGGUGCCUUGUAAAGAUCCGACGGCGAGCGAGUAAACUGCCUCUUCCCAUCAAUCCUAUUAGCCAAUGUUCAAUCACUUGAAAAUAAAUUGGAUGACCUAAGAUUAAGGUUAUCCUACCAACGGGACAUUAAAAACUGUAAUAUCUUAUGUUUCACCGAGUCGUGGCUGAACGACGACAUGGAUAACAUACAGCUGGUGGGAUAUACGCUACAUCGGCAGGAUAGAACGGCUGACUCCGGUAAGACAAGGGGUGGCGGUCUGUGUAUAUUUGUAAACAACAGCUGGUGCAUAAAAUCUAAUACUAAGGAAGUCUCGAGGUUUUGCUCGCCUGAGGUAGAGUAUCUCAUGAUAAACUGUAGACCACACUAUUUACCAAGAGAGUUUUCAUCUAUAUUUUUCGUAGCUGUCUAUGUACUACCACAAACCGAUGCUGGCACUAAGAUUGCACUCAAUGAACUCUCUACGGCCAUAAGCAAACAGGAAAACGAUCACCAGAGGCAGCGCUCCUAGUGGCCGGGGACUUUAAUGCAGGGAAACUUAAAUCUGUUCUACCUCAUUUCUACCAGCAUGUUAAAUGUGCAAAAUCGGACCAUAACUCUAUCCUCCUGAUUCCUGCUUAUAAGCAAAAACUAAAGCAGGAAGCACAAGUGACUCGGUUAAUAACGAAGUGGUCUGAUGAUGCAGAUGCUAAGCUACAGGACUGUUUUGCUAGCACAGACUGGAAUAUGUUCCGGGAUUCUUCCGAUAGCAUUGAGGAGUACACCACAUCAGUCACUGGCUUCAUCAACAAGUGCAUCGAUGACGUCGUCCCCACAGUGACCGUACGUACCCCAACCAGAAGCCAUUGAUUACAGGUAACAUCCCCACUGAGCUAAAGGGUAGAGCUGUCGCUUUCAAGGAGCGGGACUCUAACCUGGACGCUUAUAAGAAAUCCCGCUAUGCCCUCUGACAAACCAUCAAACAGGCAAAGAGUCAAUACAGGACUAAGAUUGAAUUGUACUACACAGGCUCUGACGCUCGUCGGAUGUGGCAGGGCUUGAAAACUAUUAGACUACAAAGGGAAGCACAGCCGCGAGCUGCCCAGUGACACAAGCCUACCAUACGAGCUAAAUCACUUCUAUGCUCAUGUCGAGGCAAACACUGAAGCAAGCAUGAGAGCAUCAGCUGUUCCGGAUGACUGUGAUCACGCUCUCCGUAGCCAAUGUGAGGAAGACUUUUAAGCAGGUCAACAUUCAAAUCUGCUAAAUGACUAAAAUGGAUCAAAUCUGCUAAAUGACUAAAAUGGAUCAAAUCUGCUAAAUGACUAAAAUGGGUCAAAUCUGCUAAAUAACUAAAAUGGAUCAAAUCUGCUAAAUGACUAAAAUGGGUCAAAUCUGCUAAAUGACUAAAAUGGGUCAAAUCUGCUAAAUGACUAAAAUGGGUCAAAUCUGCUAAAUGACUAAAAUGGGUCAAAUCUGCUAAAUGACUAAAAUUGAUCAAAUCUGCAAAUGACUAUAAUGGAUCAAAUCUGCUAAUGACUAAAAUGGGUCAAAUCUGCUAAUGACUAAAAUGGGUCAAAUCUGCUAAAUGACUAAAAUUGAUCAAAUCUGCAAAUGACUAUAAUGGAUCAAAUCUGCUAAUGACUAAAAUGGGUCAAAUCUGCUAAAUGACUAAAAUGGGUCAAAUCUGCUAAAUGACUAAAAUUGAUCAAAUCUGCAAAUGACUAUAAUGGAUCAAAUCUGCUAAUGACUAAAAUGGGUCAAAUCUGCUAAAUGACUAAAAUGGGUCAAAUCUGCUAAAUGACUAAAAUGGGUCAAAUCUGCUAAAUGACUAAAAUGGAUCAAAUCUGCUAAAUGACUAAAAUGGGUCACAUCUGCUAAAUGACUAAAAUGGGUCAAAUCUGCUAAAUGACUAAAAUGGAUCAAAUCUGCUAAAUGACUAAAAUGGGUCAAAUCUGCUAAUGACUAAAAUGGGUCAAAUCUGCUAAUGACUAAAAUGGGUCAAAUCUGCUAAAUGACUAAAAUUGAUCAAAUCUGCAAAUGACUAUAAUGGAUCAAAUCUGCAAAUGACUAUAAUGGAUCAAAUCUGCAAAUGACUACAAUGGAUCAAAUCUGCUAAAUGACUAAAAUGGGUCAAAUCUGCUAAAUGACUAAAAUGGAUCAAUCAAUCAAUCAAUCAAUUUUAUUUUAUAUAGCCCUUCGUACAUCAGCUGAUAUCUCGAAGUGCUGUACAGAAACCCAGCCUAAAACCCCAAACAGCUAGUAAUGCAGGUGUAGAAGCACGGUGGCUAGGAAAAACUCCCUAGAAAGGCCAAAACCUAGGAAGAAACCUAGAGAGGAACCAGGCUAUGAGGGGUGGCCAGUCCUCUUCUGGCUGUGCCGGGUGGAGAUUAUAACAGAACCAUGCUAAGAUGUUCAAAAAUGUUCAUAAGUGACAAGCAUGGUCAAAUAAUAAUCAGGAAUAAAUCUCAGUUGGCUUUUCAUAGCCGAUCAUUAAGAGUUGAAAACAGCAGGUCUGGGACAGGUAGGGGUUCCAUAACCGCAGGCAGAACAGUUGAAAACUGGAAUAGCAGCAAGGCCAGGCGGACUGGGGACAGCAAGGAGUCACCACGGCCGGUAGUCCCGACGUAUGGUCCUAGGGCUCAGGUCUCUCAGUUGGCUUUUCAUAGCCGAUCAUUAAGAGUUGAAAACAGCAGGCAGAACAGUUGAAACUGGAAUAGCAGCAAGGCCAGGCGGACUGGGGACAGCAAGGUGUCAGCAUGCCCGGUAGUCCUGACGUAUGGUCCUAGGGCUCAGGUUCUCAGAGAGAAAGAGAGAACGAGAGAAUUAGAGAGAGCAUACUUAAAUUCACACAGGACACUGGAUAAGACAGGAGAAGUACUCCAGGUAUAACCAACUAACCCCAGCCCCCCGACACAUAAACUACUGCAGCAUAAAUACUGGAGGCUGAGACAGGAGCGGUCCGGAGACACUGUGGCCCCAUCCGAAGAAACCCCCGGACAGGGCCAAACAGGAAGGAUAUAACCCCACCCACUCUGCCAAAGCACAGCCCCCGCACCACUAGAGGGAUAUCCUCAACCACCAACUUACAAUCCUGAGACAAGGCCGAGUAUAGCCCACAGAGGUCUCCACCACAGCACAAACCAAGGGGGGGCGCCAACCCAGACAGGAAGAUCACGUCAGUAACUCAACCCACUCAAGUGACGCACCCCUCCUAGGGACGGCAUGAAAGAGCACCAGCAAGCCAGUGACUCAGCCCCUGUAACAGGGUUAGAGGCAGAGAACCCCAGUGGAGAGAGGGGAACCGGCCUGGCAGAGACAGCAAGGGCUGUUCGUUGCUCCAGAGCCUUUCCGUUCACCUUCACACUCCUGGGCCAGACUACACUCAAUCAUAAGACCUACUGAAGAGAUAAGUCUUCAGUAAAGACUUAAAGGUUGAGACCGAGUCUGCGUCUCUCACAUGGGUAGGCAAACUGUUCCAUAAAAAUGGAGAUCUAUAGGAGAAAGCCCUGCCUCCCGCUGUUUGCUUAGAAAUUCUAGGGACAAUUAGGAGGCCUGCGUCUUGUGACCGUAGCGUACGUAUUGGUAUGUACGGCAGGACCAACUCGGAAAGAUAGGUAGGAGCAAGCCCAUGUAACGCUUUAUAGGUUAACAGUAAAACCUUGAAAUCAGCCCUUGCCUUAACAGGAAGCCAGUGUAGGGAAGCUAUCACUGGAGUAAUAUGAUCAAAUUUCUUGGUUCUAGUCAGGAUUCUAGCAGCCGUAUUUAGCACUAACUGAAGUUUAUUUAGUGCUUUAUCCGGGUAGCCGGAAAGUAGAGCAUUGCAGUAGUCUAACCUAGAAGUAACAAAUGCAUGGAUUAAUUUUUCUGCAUCAUUUUUGGACAGAAAAUUUCUGAUUUUUGCAAUGUUACGUAGAUGGAAAAAAGCUGUCCUUGAAACAGUCUUGAUAUGUUCGUCAAAAGAGAGAUCAGGGUCAAGAGUAACGCCGAGGUCCUUCACAGUUUUAUUUGAGACGACUUUACAACCAUCAAGAUGAAUUGUCAGAUUUAACAGAAGAUCUCUUUGUUUCUUGGGACCUAGGGUCAAAUCUGCUAAAUGACUAAAAUGGGUCAAAUCUGCUAAAUGACUAAAAUGGGUCAAAUCUGCUAAAUGACUAAAAUGGAUCAAAUCUGCUAAAUGACUAAAAUGGGUCACAUCUGCUAAAUGACUAAAAUGGGUCAAAUCUGCUAAAUGACUAAAAUGGAUCAAAUCUGCUAAAUGACUAAAAUGGGUCAAAUCUGCUAAAUGACUAAAAUGGGUCAAAUCUGCUAAAUGACUAAAUGUGUAAGUCUCUCCCUGCAGGAUGUGGAGGUGAUUUUCAGUAACAUCUUGGACAUCCAUGAGUUGACGGUCAAGCUGCUGGGGCUGAUCGAGGACGCAGUGGAGAUGACCGCUGACGGGAGUCCACAUCCUCUGGUGGGCAGCUGCUUCGAGGACCUGGCAGAGGUAGAUACACACACACACACACACACACACACACACACACACAUACCUAAACUCACACACACACAUACCCACACCAACGCCUGCUGCUGACAGGAGUCCCCAUCCUCUGGUGGGCAGCUGCUUCAAGGAUCUGGCAGAGAGAGAGGUUACAGCCCAAUAACACAGUCUUACCGUUACAUCUAUUCUGCCGUAACUGAUCCAAAAGCCCUCUGCCCUGUGAAGUCUAUACGUUCAUUUCUUGCACGUCUCUGCUAGAAGGCCUUCAGUCGAUUGUGUGCCUCUACGUACAUUUACAUUUUAGUCAUUUAGCAGACGCUCUUAUCCAGAGCGACAUACAGCUAGUGAGUGCAUACAUUUUUCAUACUGGCCCCCCUGUGGGAAACGAACCCACAACCCUGGCGUUGCAAGCGCCAUGCUCUACCAACUGAGCUACAUGGGACUACACUACCACCCCCCCCCCAGUGAGACAUAGCAGUCUGCUAUUGUAACUCUUCUAUGAACUCUCUCUACCCUCUCCAGGAGCAGGCGUUUGACCCGUACGAGACCCUGUCUCAGGACAUCCUGUCCAGACAGUUCCACGAGCACUUCAGCAGCCUGAUGGCCCGGCCAACGGUAGGACUAUACUUCCAGGUAAGAUAGGCUCACCUCACCUCACCUCACCUCGCCUCGCCUCGCCUCGCCUCGCCUCGCCUCGCCUCGCCUCGCCUCGCCUCACCUCACCUCACCUCACCUCACCCCACCUCACCUCACCUCUCCUCUCCUCUCCUCACCUCACCUCACCUCACCCCACCCCACCCCACCCCCACCUCACCUCACCUCACCUCACCUCACCUCACCUCACCUCUCCUCUCCUCUCCUCUCCUCACCUCACCUCACCCCACCCCACCCCACCCCCCACCUCACCUCACACACAGAUCUGGGUUGCAUUAAUUACUGCACACCAUUACUGGACGUUGACAUAGUGACAUAGUGACACAGUGACAUAGUGACAUAGUGACAUAGUGACACAGUGACACAGUGACACAGUGACAUAGUGACACAGUGACAUAGUGACACAGUGACAUAGUGACAUAGUGACACAGUGACAUAGUGUCUGGCUUGGCUCUAAUGCAUUUCCCAAGUAAUGAUCCUUGAAUAUCCUUUCAUAUUGAAAGUUCAGCGUAAGUAAACAGGUGAAAUUCCCAGUGAAAGUCAUGCCUUGACAUUCCUCUUCCAGUGUAGUUGGUUAGUUAUUUCCUCCUCCACUCUGAUCCGCUCUAUUGUGUGAUUGGGACAUUACUCCUCUCAGGAAUACCAUUACAUUAUUAUACUCUGUAGGAAUGCUGCCUGGCAGCUAGUCAAGACACAAUGUUUAAUGUUUUACUGAAUCUAAGAAUGCUGAGACAGCCAGGAUAUGGAUAUUAUUAACGAUACGGCCAGGUCUCCCCUGUAAAAGAGGUCUUCUGACCUCAAUGGGACUUUCUGGAUAAAUAAAUGUUAAAGGUCCAAUGUAGCCGUUUUUAGCUCAUUGUCAAAUCAUUUCUGCGUAACGGUUAAGUACCUUACUGUGAUUGCUUUCAAUUAAAAUGGUCAAAAAAGAAACAAAAAUAGCUUCUUAGCAAAGAGCAAUUUCUCAAACAAGAAUGUAGCCAGGACUGAAUGGGAGUGGUCUGAGUGGGAAACUGAAAACCAGCUGUUAGUGGCAGAGAGGUUUGGAACUCUCUUUCUUAUUGGUCUAUUAACUCAUUUCCCCUUGGUGAUGUCACCAGGCAGGCCAAAACUCCAUGCCCACCAAAACAGGCUGUUAUUUCAGGCGGUCUUUUAAAACAGCUCUUACACUAAAAGGACAUUUAUCAUCAUUUUCACAAUUUCAUACAAUUAUUCAUUGUGUGGAAAUAUAUAGAAAACACAGGGGGAAAUCUAGUUUUUGACUGUACAUUAAAUAAAAAAGGAUGCAUGCACUGAUAUCAACGCACCUCCUGUUAAACCCAGAGACAACCCAAAACAGGCUCAUUCUGCAUGGUCGUGGCCUGGGCCUUUAUUACAGGCUGAUUCUGCAUGGUCGUGGCCUGGGCCUUUAUUACAGGCUGAUUCUGCAUGAUCGUGGCCUGGGCCUUUAUUACUUAUAUGACGUGUUUUAUUGUUAUUAUUGAUUAAUGUACUGCGUUGUUGAGGGAGAUAGCACAUAAGCAUUUCACUACACCUUUUAUACCUGCUGUAAACUGUGUAUGUGACUGAGUGUAGCGUCCUGCCUGGACGUCAGGACUGUGUGUUGUGCCGUCUGUUAUGGGUCCUCAUGGCUGUAUGUCUGGUCCUCGUGGCGGUCAUGUCUGGUCCCUCAUGGCUUCUGUCUGGUCCUCAUGGAUGUCUGCUGGGUCAUCAUGGCUGGUCUGUUGCGUCCUCAUGGCUGUCGGUGUGUCCUCAUGGCUGUCUGUUGGUCCUCAUGGCUGUUCUGUCUGGUUCCUCAUGGAUGUAUGUCUGGUAAUCAUGGUGUUGUCUGGUCAUCCAUGCUGUCUGUUGAGUCCAAUGGCUGGAGGUCUGGUCCUAAUGGCGUCUACUUCUGUUGUUCCUCAUGGCUGUCUGGUCUGGCUGUUGUCUGGUCCUAUGCUGUCUGUUGGCCUCAUGGUGUCUGUCGGGCCCUCAUGGCUUUUGUCGGGCCCUCAGGGUGUCUUCUGGUCCUAGGGCUGUCUGGGGGUCCUCAUGGUGUCGUCGGUAUCAUGGUGUUGUUGGUUCAUGGCUGUCUGUCUGGUCCUCAGGCUGUCUGUUGGUUCCAUGGCUGUUUUCUGCCCUUUGGCUGUCUGUGGUCAUGUGGCUGUCUGGGGUCCUCUGGCUGUCUGUCGGUAUCAUGGCUUCGUCUGGUAUCAGGCUGUCUGUCUGGUCCCAUGGUGUCGUUGGUCACAUGGCGUCUUUUGGUCAUCAUGGCUGUCUUCGGUCACAGGGCUGUCUGUCUGGUCAUCAGGGUGUCUGUUGGUCAUCAUGGCGUUUGUCGGUCCCGUGGCUGUUGUCUGGUCACAUGCUGUCGUCUGGUCAUCAUGGCUGCUGUCUGGUCUCAUGGCUUCUGUCUGGUCCCAGGGCUUCUGUUGGCAAGGUCCUCAUGGCUGUCUGUCUGGUCCUCAUGGCUGUCUGUCUGGUCAUCAUGGCUGUCUGUCUGGUCAUCAUGUCUGUAUGUUGGUCAUCAUGGCGUAGUCUGGUCCAUCUGGUGUCGUCUGGUAACGUGGCGUCUGUCUGAGUCCUCAUGGCUGUUGUCUGUCCCAUGGCUGGUCUGUCUGGUCAUCAUGGCUGUCUGUCUGGUCAUGAUGGCUGUUCUGUCUGGUCCUCAUGGCUGUCUGUCUGGUCCUCAUGGCUGUCUGUCUGGUCAUCAUGGCUGUCUGUCUGGUCAUCAUGGCUGUCUGUCUGGUCCUCUAAAGUGAUAAUGCCAGAGAAGCCGGUGUUUUGGAGGAUGUAUUGGCACGGGUUGUUGAAGUCGAGGGCAGGCAAACCGUUCCAACACGUCCUCCAAACACCGGCUUCAAGGGCAUUAUCACUUUUAUUUUGAUUUAUUUCACCUUUAUUUAACCAGGUAAGCCAGUUGAGAACAAGUUCUCAUUUACAACUGCGACCUGGCCAAGAUAAAGCAAAGGGUUACCAACAUAUUCAAAUAAUGAUUGACAUAUUUUCAUUAAAAAAGUUAUUUUGAUUAAUUCAUUCAUGCUAUUUCAUCCUUCCACAACAUAUAGUCCCGACACUAAUCUAGGGUUGCUACCCAAACCGGCCAGUCAUUUUUUAUUUUGGUUCGGUUGCCAGAGACGCGACCCAGUCCUUCAGUCUUUUUCUUCUGUAUCUAUGCAAUUCUUUCCAAUGUGUCAAGUAAUUAUCUUUUUGUUUUCUCAUGAUUUGGUUGGGUAUAAUUGUGUUGCUGUUGUUGUCCUGGGGCUCUGUGGGGUCUGUUUGUGUUUGUGAACAGAGCCCCAGGACAAGCUUACUUAGGGGACUCUUCUCCAAGUUCAUCUCUCUGUAGGUGAUGGCUUUGUUAUGGAAGGUUUGGGAAUCGUUUCCUUUUAGGUGGUUGUAGAAUUGAACGGCUCUUUUCUGGAUUUUGAUAAUUAGUGGGUAUCGGCCUAAUUCUGCUCUGCAUGCAUUAUUUGGUGUUUUUCGUUGUACACUGAGGAUAUUUUUGCUGUAUUCUGCAUGCAGAGUCUCAAUUUGGUGUUUGUCCCAUUUAGUGAAUUCUUGGUUGGUAAGCGGACCCCAGACCUCACAACCAUAAAGGGCAAUGGGUUCUAUAACUGAUUCAAGUAUUUUUAGCAAGAUCCUAAUUGGAAUGUCGAAUUUUAUGUUCCUUUUGAUGGCAUAGAAGGCCCUUCUUGCCUUGUCUCUCAGAUCGUUCACAGCUUUGUGGAAGUUACCUGUGGCGCUGAUGUUUAGACCGAGGUAUGUAUAGUGUUUUGUGUGCUCUAGGGCAACGGUGUCUAGAUGGAAUUUGUAUUUGUGGUCCUGGCAACUGGACCUUUUUUGGAACACCAUUAAUUUUUGUCUUACUGAGAUUUACUGUCAGGGCCCAGGUCUGACUGAAUCUGUGCUGAAGAUCUAGGUGCUGCUGUAGGCCCACCUUGGUUGGGGACAGAAGCACCAGAUCAUCAGCAAACAGUAGACAUUUGACUUCAGAUUCUAAUAGGGUGAGGCCGGGUGCUGCAGACUGUUCUAGUGCCCUCACCAAUUAGUUGAUAUAUAUGUUGAAGAGGGUGGGGCUUAAGCUGCAUCCCUGUCUCACCCCACGGCCUUGUGGAAAAAGUUUACCGCACACUUGUUGUUUGUGUACAUGGAUUUUAUAAUGUUGUAUGUUUUUUCCCCAACACCACUUUCCAUCAAUUUGUAUAGCAGACCCUCAUGCCAAAUUGAGUCAAAAGUUUUUUUGAAAUCAACAAAGCAUGAGAAGACUUUGCCUUUGUUUUGGUUUGUUUGUUUGUCAAUUAGGGUGUGCAGGGUGAAUACAUGGUCUGUCGUACGGUAAUUUGGUAAAAAGCCAAUUUGACAUUUGCUCAGUACAUUGUUUUAACUGAGGAAGUCUACGACUCUGCUGUUAAUGAUUUCCCAAGGUUGCUGUUGACGCAUAUCCCACGGUAGUUAUUGGGGUAAAAUCUUAAUCUUUUAUUUUUAUUGGCCAGUCUGAGAUAUGGCUUUUUCUUUGCAACUCUUCCUAGAAGGUCAGCAUCCCUGAGUCGCCUCUUCACUGUUGACUUUGAGACUGGUGUUUUGCGGGUACUAUUUAAUGAAGCUGCCAGUUGAGGACCUGUGAGGCGCCUGUUUCUCAAACUAGACACUCUAAUGUAUUUGUCCUCUUCCUCAGUUAUGCACUGGGGCCUCCCACUCCUCUUUCUAUUCUGGUCAGAGCCAGUUUGCGCUAUUCUGUGAAGGGAGUAGUACACAGCGUUGUACGAGAUCUUCAGUUUCUUGGCAAUUUCUUCAGCCUUCAUUUCUCAGAACAAGAAUAGACUGACGAGUUUCAGAAGAAAGUUCUUUGUUUGAGCAUAGACUGACGAGUUUCAGAAGAAAGUUAUUUGUUUCUUGCCAUUUUGAGCCUGUAAUCGAACCCACAAUUGCUGAUGCUCCAGAUACUCAACUAGUCUCAAGAAGGCCAGUUUUAUUGCUUCUUUAAUCAGCACAAAAUGUUUCAGCUGUGCUAACAUAAUUGCAAAAGGGUUUUCUAAUGAUCAAUUAGCCUUUUUAAAAUGAUAAACUUGGAUUAGCAAACACAACGUGCCAUUGGAACACAGGACUGAUGGUUGCUGAUAAUGGGCCUCUGUACGCCUAUGUAGAUAUUCCAUAAAAAAUCAGCCGUUUCCUGAUACAAUAGCCAUUUACAACAUUAACAAUGUCUACACUGUAUUUCUGAUCAAUUUGAUGUUAUUUUAAUGGACAAAAAAUGUGCUUUUCUUUUGAAAGUAAGGACAUUUCUAAGUGACCCCAAACUUUUGAACGGUAGUGUAUAUCUCUCGCCACAUAGACAAGACAGACAGACAUACAGACAGUAUAGGGCAGGCAGACUAUGUAGUGUGUAGUCUGAGUGUCUAUCCACACAUUUACACACACGCACGCACGCACGCACGCACACACACACACACACACACACACACACACACACACAGAGAGAGAGAGCGCCAGAGGAGGCUGUAGUGUGGAGUCUGAGUAGUAGAGUAUUGAUUAAGGAUCAUCUAUCUAGGGAGCAGGGGAGGGGGUGGGGGUGGGGGGGGGGGUUUAAAAGGAUCAAUAAAAAACCCACAAAAUUCUUUGUAGGGUCACAAGUAUCCUCCCCCUUCCCCUCUUCCACCCCCCUCUCCCUGGGUUUCUCCCUUUCCGCCCCCCCGGGGGGGGGAUUUUAGAAAAGGGAAAAAAGGGGGGGGCCCCCCCCUUUUUUUCCCCCCCCCCGGGGGGGGGAAAAAAACCCCCCCCGGGGGGGGGGCCCCCCCCCAAAAAGGGGCCCCAAAAAGAAAAAAAAAAAGGGGGUUGUUUUUUCUCUCUUUUUUUUUUUUCCCCUUUUUUCUUUUUCUCUCCUUUUUUUGUUUUUCCAAGCAUACCCCCGGGUUUUUCCCCAAAGAGGGGGCUUCCAUUCUCCUUCCAGGGUUUUUGUGGUUCCUUUGUAAAAUUGUUUGCCACUAAAAAUUUGAAAGAAGGGGUUUUUUCUCACAAAAAAAAAACCACAAAAAAAAACCAACCAAAAAGAACCCCCAACAACAAACCAGUACCCCCCAUAGAUGGUUUUCCCUUUACAUGGGUUUUUACCUUUGUUUCAAUUGAGGUUUUUAAAAAAACCACCACACCCCACACCCACAAAACAAGAAAAAAACCCCCAAACCCCCCGCCGGAAAGGGGGGGGCUCCUGAUUCCGGUUUUAAAUAAAUUUCGCUCCGGUUUUACCCCCGGCCCAUUUUUUUGGUUAAAUUUUAUAAAUUAAAUUUUUCCCCCUUUUUUUUUAACCCAAAAAUUUUUUUUCCCCUUAAAACUAAAUCCGUAGUUUGUGAAACCGCCACGGCUGUUUUUGCGUUAUUACAACAACAAAUAAAUCCGACAUCAGUGCAUAUACGCAACAGAACAGCAGAAUAUGUACUGCAACUUUAUUUUUAAAACAAUUUUACCACGAUGCCGGACACUCCUCGCCUCCAUUUCAUCAACAAAACAAAAACAUUAUCGAAGGCGCUGGAGGCGAACAGCUGUUUCCCGGUUUACGGAUUUCAGCUUUAAGUCUUGUAGACCAUGAGCCAGUCAGUCAGUUGAGCCUUGAGGAGUGCAGAGAGCUCUACCAGAUUUACCAGCAGACCCGCUGCACCUCCACGGAAAGUGUCUUGUGUUUCUGUGCGUCUGUGCACGCUCCAAAAUACUUUUACAUCUUGCUGUAAUGAGGGAGGUGGUUUUCAAGAUAUAAUAAUUCGGUUUACAUUACAAGCUUAUAUCCUUACUUUAAAGAGUGUGGAAAAACUGCCAUCUUCAUUAAAACCAAAGACACACUUCAUUAUCCCCAUGGGGAAAUGUUGCUCUGUGUGCAUACAUUAUCACAUACACAUCAAUGCCUAAUGCCUGUCACCUUGUCUUCUCUGAGCAGCAGCUGCAGGAGCGCAGUGAGGAGCAGGAUGACAGAGAGGGUCUGAAGCAGGCCAUCACCGCUCUGCUCAACCUCCAGUGUAGCGUGGAGCGCAUCUACACCAAACACCUGCCUCGACGCAAACCUGGGUACGUAGCUACGGGCUUCCACACUACGGCACACCCUGCAGAUACCUGGGUACGUAGCUACGCUUCCACACUACGGCACACCCUGCAGAUACCUGGGUACGUAGCUACGCUUCCACACUACGUCACACCCUGCAGAUACCUGGGUACGAGCUACGGGCUCCACAUUACGGCACACCCUGCAGAUACCUGGGGUACGUAGCUACGCUUCCACAUUACGGCACACCCUGCAGAACCUGGGUACGUAGCUACGGGCUUCCACAUUACGGCACACCCUGCAGAUACCUGGGUACGUAGCUACGCUUCCACACUACGGCACACCCUGCAGAUACCUGGGUACGUAGCUACGCUUCCACACUACGGCACACCCUGCAGAUACCUGGGUACGUAGCUACGGGCUUCCACAUUACGGCACACCCUGCAGAUACCUGGGUACGUAGCUACGCUUCCACAUUACGGCACACCCUGCAGAUACCUGGGUACGUAGUGCUACGGGGCUUCCACAUUACGGCACACCCUGCAGAUACCUGGGUACGUAGCUACGCUUCCACAUUACGGCACACCCUUGCAAUACCUGGGGUACGUAGCUACGCUUCCACAUUACGACACACCCUGCAGAUACCUGGGGUACGUAGCUACGCUUCCACAUUACGGCACCCCUGCAGAUACCUGGGGUACGUAGCUACGCUUCCACAUUACGGCACACCCUGCAGAUACCUGGGUACGUAGCUACGGGCUUCCACAUUACGGCACACCCUGCAGAUACCUGGGUACGUAGCUACGGGCUUCCACACUACGCCACCCUGCAGAUACCUGGGUACGUAGCUACGGGCUUCCACACUACAGCACACCCUGCAGAUACCUGGGAGUAGCACGGGCUUCCACAUUCGGCACACCCUGCAGAUACCUGGGUACUAGCUACGCUUCCACAUUACGGCACACCCGCAGAUACCUGGUACGUAGCUACGGGCUUCCACAUUACGGCACAGCCUGCAGAUACCUGGGUACGUAGCUACGCUUCCACAUUACGGCACACCCUGCAGAUCCUGGUACGUAGCUACGCUCCACAUUACGGCACACCCUGCAGAUACCUGGGUACGUAGCUACGCUUCCACAUUACGGCACACCCUGCAGAUACCUGGGUACGUAGCUACGGGCUUCCACAUACGGCACACCCUGCAGAUACUGGGUACGUAGCUACGCUUCCACAUUACGGCACACCCUGCAGAUACCUGGGUACGUAGCUACGGGCUUCCACAUUACGGCACACCCGCAGAUACCUGGUACGUAGCUACGCUUCCACAUUACGGCACACCCUGCAGAUACCUGGUACGUAGCUACGGGCUUCCACAUUACGGCACACCCUGCAGAUACCUGGGUACGUAGCUACGGGCUUCCACACUACGGCACACCCUGCAGAUACCUGGGUACGUAGCUACGCUUCCACAUUACAGCACACCCUGCAGAUACCUGGGUACGUAGCUAUGCUUCCACAUUACGGUACACCCUGCAGAUACCUGGGUACGUAGCUACGCUUCCACACUACAGCACACCCUGCAGAUACCUGGGUACGUAGCUACGCUUCCACAUUACGGCACACCCUGCAGAUACCUGGGUACGUAGCUACGCUUCCACACUACAGCACACCCUGCAGAUACCUGGGUACGUAGCUACGCUUCCACAUUACGGCACACCCUGCAGAUACCUGGGUACGUAGCUACGGGCUUCCACAUUACGGCACACCCUGCAGAUACCUGGGUACGUAGCUACGCUUCCACAUUACGGCACACCCUGCAGAUACCUGGGUACGUAGCUACGGGCUUCCACAUUACGGCACACCCUGCAGAUACCUGGGUACGUAGCUACGCUUCCACAUUACGGCACACCCUGCAGAUACCUGGGUACGUAGCUACGGGCUUCCACAUUACGGCACACCCUGCAGAUACCUGGGUACGUAGCUACGGGCUUCCACAUUACGGCACACCCUGCAGAUACCUGGGUACGUAGCUACGGGCUUCCACACUACGGCACACCCUGCAGAUACCUGGGUACGUAGCUACGCUUCCACAUUACAGCACACCCUGCAGAUACCUGGGUACGUAGCUAUGCUUCCACAUUACGGUACACCCUGCAGAUACCUGGGUACGUAGCUACGCUUCCACACUACGGCACACCCUGCAGAUACCUGGGUACGUAGCUACGCUUCCACAUUACGGCACACCCUGCAGAUACCUGGGUACGUAGCUAUGCUUCCACAUUACGGUACACCCUGCAGAUACCUGGGUACGUAGCUACGGGCUUCCACACUACGGCACACCCUGCAGAUACCUGGGUACGUAGCUACGCUUCCACAUUACAGCACACCCUGCAGAUACCUGGGUACGUAGCUAUGCUUCCACAUUACGGUACACCCUGCAGAUACCUGGGUACGUAGCUACGCUUCCACACUACAGCACACCCUGCAGAUACCUGGGUACGUAGCUACGCUUCCACAUUACGGCACACCCUGCAGAUACCUGGGUACGUAGCUACGCUUCCACACUACAGCACACCCUGCAGAUACCUGGGUACGUAGCUACGCUUCCACAUUACGGCACACCCUGCAGAUACCUGGGUACGUAGCUACGGGCUUCCACAUUACGGCACACCCUGCAGAUACCUGGGUACGUAGCUACGCUUCCACAUUACGGCACACCCUGCAGAUACCUGGGUACGUAGCUACGGGCUUCCACAUUACGGCACACCCUGCAGAUACCUGGGUACGUAGCUACGCUUCCACAUUACGGCACACCCUGCAGAUACCUGGGUACGUAGCUACGGGCUUCCACAUUACGGCACACCCUGCAGAUACCUGGGUACGUAGCUACGGGCUUCCACAUUACGGCACACCCUGCAGAUACCUGGGUACGUAGCUACGGGCUUCCACACUACGGCACACCCUGCAGAUACCUGGGUACGUAGCUACGCUUCCACAUUACAGCACACCCUGCAGAUACCUGGGUACGUAGCUAUGCUUCCACAUUACGGUACACCCUGCAGAUACCUGGGUACGUAGCUACGCUUCGACACUACAGCACACCCUGCAGAUACCUGGGUACGUAGCUACGCUUCCACAUUACGGCACACCCUGCAGAUACCUGGGUACGUAGCUACGCUUCCACACUACGGCACACCCUGCAGAUACUGGGUACGUAGCUACGGGCUUCCACAUUACGGCACACCCUGCAGAUACCUGGGUACGUAGCUACGCUUCCACAUUACGGCACACCCUGCAGCUCCCUGGGUACGUAGCUACGCUUCCACAUUACGGCACACCCUGCAGAUACCUGGGUACGUAGCUACGGGCUUCCACAUUACGGCACACCCUGCAGAUACCUGGGUACGUAGCUACGCUUCCACAUUACGGCACACCCUGCAGAUACCUGGGUACGUAGCUACGCUUCCACAUUACGGCACACCCUGCAGAUACCUGGGUACGUAGCUACGCUUCCACAUUACAGCACACCCUGCAGAUACCUGGGUACGUAGCUACGGGCUUCCACAUUACGGCACACCCUGCAGAUACCUGGGUACGUAGCUACGGGCUUCCACAUUACGGCACACCCUGCAGAUACCUGGGUACGUAGCUACGCUUCCACAUUACGGCACACCCUGCAGAUACCUGGGUACGUAGCUACGGGCUUCCACAUUAUGGCACACCCUGCAGAUACCUGGGUACGUAGCUACGCUUCCACAUUACGGCACACCCUGCAGAUACCUGGGUACGUAGCUACGGGCUUCCACACUACGGCACACCCUGCAGAUACACACAUGCUACUUCUACACAUUAGAUGUGAUUCGUUUUCAGGUUGUUAUUGUAGUUAAAUAAAGGUUUUGAUUGAUUCCUCAGUUUCCUCACCACCCUCUCUCUCUCCUCCUCCUCCUCCUCCUCGUCCUCUUCCUCCUUCUCCAGUGAGCCCAUGUACCGUCUGUACAGUCGCCAGGUGCGCAGCAAGCAGCUGGCCAUUAAGCGGAUGAAUGAGAUCCAGAAGAGCAUCGACGGCUGGGAGGGGAAGGACAUCGGCCAGUGCUGUUCCGAGUUUAUCCUGGAGGGGGCACUCCUCCGCGCCGGCGCCAAACAUGAGCGACACAACUUCCUGUUCGACGGCCUCAUGAUCAGCUGCAAGGCCAAUCAGAGCUCCCGACUCCCCGGUUCUGGAAGCGGGGCAGAGUUCCGUCUCAAGGAGAAGUUUGUCCUGCGGAAAGUCCGCAUCGUGGACCGCGAGGACUCGGCGGAGUUCAAACAUGCCUUCGAACUCGUUGGUAAAGACGAGAACUGUGUGGUGUUCUGCGCUCGCUCGGCGGAGGAGAAGGGGGCGUGGAUGGCGGCGCUGGUGACCCUGCAGUACCGCUCCACGUUGGACCGUAUGCUAGACACUGUGCUACAACACGAGGAGCAGGCCCAGCCCCUCCGCCUGCCCUCGCCAGAGCUAUACCGCUUCGCUGUGCACGACUCAGAGGAGAACAUCGUGUUUGAGGACCGCGUCCAGAGCAAGACGGGGAUACCCAUCAUUAAAGCAGGCACGGUGGUCAAGCUUAUAGAGAGGCUCACAUACCACAUGUACGCUGGUAAGUCUGGCUGACACAUAGCCUCCUACUGUGUUGUCUGUUUAAAGAGUACUCUAGGUAGGGCAGUACUCUAGGGUAGGGCAGUACUCUAGGGUAGGGCAGUACUCUAGGGUAGGGCAGUACUCUAGGGUAGGGCAGUACUCUAGGGUAGGGCAGUACUCUAGGGUAGGGCAGUACUCUAGGGUAGGCAGUACUCUAGGGUAGGGCAGUACUCUAGAGUAGGGCAGUACUCUAGGGUAGGGCAGUACUCUAGGGUAGGGCAGUACUCUAGGGUAGGGCAGUACUCUAGGGUAGGGAAGUACUCUAGGGUAGGGCAGUACUCUAGGGUAGGGCAGUACUCUAGGGUAGGGCAGUACUCUAGGGUAGGGCAGUACUCUAGGGUAGGGCAGUACUCUAGGGUAGGGCAGUACUCUAGGGUAGGGCAGUACUCUAGGGUAAGGCAGUACUCUAGGGUAGGGCAGUACUCUAGGGUAGGGCAGUACUCUAGGGUAGGGCAGUACUCUAGGGUAAGGCAGUACUCUAGGGUAGGGCAGUACUCUAGGGUAAGGCAGUACUCUAGGGUAGGGCAGUACUCUAGGGUAGGGCAGUACUCUAGGGUAGGGCAGUACUCUAGGGUAAGGCAGUACUCUAGGGUAGGGCAGUACUCUAGGGUAAGGCAGUACUCUAGGGUAGGGCAGGGGUAGGCAACUAGAUUCAGCCACCGGAAAAAUUUUUAUUGGCGCGGACGGUCGGGGGGACGGAACAUAUUGUGUGUAUAUAUAUAUAUAUAUAUAUAUACAGUACCAGUCAAAAGUUUGGACACAAGGUCUUUUCUUAAUUUUUUAUUUUCUAGAUUGUAGAAUAAUAGUGAAGACAUCAAAACUAUGAAAUAACACAUAUGGAAGUGUUAAACAAAUCAAAAUAUAUUUUAUAUUUGAGAUUCUUGAUGACAGCUUUGCACACUUGGCAUUCUCUCAACCAGCUUCACCUGGAAUGCUUGAAGUCUUGAAGGUGUUCCCACAUAUGCUGAGCAUUUGUUGGCUGCUUUUCCUUCACUCUGCGGUCCGACUCACCCCAAACCAUCUCAAUUUGGUUGAGGUCGGGGAUUGUGGAGGCCAGGUCAUCUGAUGCAGCACUCCAUCACUAUCCUUCUUGGUCAAAUAGGUGUUGGGUCAUUGUCCUGUUGAAAAACAAAUGAAGCCCAAACCAGAUGGGAUGGCGUAUCACUGCAGAAUGCUGUGGUAGCCAUGCUGGUUAAGUGUGCCUUGAAUUCUAAAUAAAUCACAGACAGUGUCACCAGCAAAGCACCCCCACACCAUAACACCUCCUCCUCCAUGCUUUACGGUGGGAAAUACACAUGCGGAGAUCAUCCGUUCACCCACACCGCGUCUCACAAAGACACGGUGGUUGGAACCAAAAAUCUCCAAUUUGGACUCCAGACCAAAGGAUACAUUUCCACUGGUCUAAUGUCCAUUGCUCGUGUUUCUUGGCCCAAGCAAGUCUCUUCUUCUUAUUGGUGUCCUUUAGUAGUGGUUUCUUUGCAGAAAUUGACCAUGAAGGCCUGAUUCACGCAGUCUCCUCUGAACAGUUGAUGUUGAGAUGUGUCUGUUACAUAAACUCUGUGAAGCAUUUUAUUUGGGCUGCAAUUUCUGAGGCUGGUAACUCUGAUGAACUUAUCCUCUGCAACAGAGGUAACUCUGGGUCUUCCUUUCCUGUGGCGGUCCUCAUGAGAGCCAGUUUCAUCAUAGCGCUUGAUGGUUUUUACGACUGCACUUGAUGAAACUUUUAAAGUUCUUGACAUUUUUGACUGACCUUCAUGUCCUAAACUAAUGAUGGACUGUAAUUUCUCUUUGCUUAUUUGAGCUGUUCUUGCCAUAAUAUGGACUUGGUCUUUUACCAAAUAGGGCUAUCUUCUGUAUACCCCCCCUACCUUGUCACAACACAACUGAUUGGCUCAAACGCAUUAAGAAGGAAAGAAAUUCCACAAAUUAAGGACACACCUGUUAAUUGAAAUGCAUUCCAGGCGACUACCUCAUGAAGCUGGUUGAGAGAAUGGCCAAGAGCGUGCAAAGCUGUCAUCAAGGCAAAGGGUGGCUAUUUCAAUCAAAUCACACCGCCUGUUGCCAACCCCUGGUUUAUGGCGUACAAUAUCAGGUAUUCCCUGUGCAAAGACAUCCAAAGACAUUACAGAUGCAAAGAAAUUACAUUAUUUAUGGAUGCAAAGUGUUAUGAAUCAAUAAUUGAUAUGCUGUCCUUUAGAUCCCAACUUUGUGCGCACCUUUCUGACCACCUACCGGUCCUUUUGCAAGCCUCAGGAGCUCCUCGACCUCUUGAUAGACAGGUAGGUCCGACCUGCUUACCAGUGUGUUGUGUUUGUGCAGGGGGCCAAGAGAUCUUUCAACUUUUAUUGUCACGUGCACAGUGAAAUGCCUUUCUUGCAAACUCUUUCCCAACAAUUCAGUGUUCAAUAUCAAUUCAGUGUUCAACAUCAAUUUGGUAAUCAACAUCAAUUCGGUAAUCAACAUCAAUUCAGUAAUCAACAUCAAUUCAGUAAUCAACAUCAAUUCAGUAAUCAACAUCAAUUCAGUAAUCAACAUCAAUUCAGUAUCAAUAUCAAUUCGGUAUUCAACAUCAAUUCAGUAUUCAACAUCAAUUCAGUAAUCAACAUCAAUUCAGUAAUCAACAUCAAUUCAGUAAUCAACAUCAAUUCAGUAAUCAACAUCAGUAGUAUAAAGUAGAACGAAAACACACAGGAAGUGAAUUUCCCGUUUUAUGUCCCUGGAGGGACAAUAGCAAUAAAAUAAGUUAAAUUGUACUAUAUUGUGCAUCCCAAAUGGCACCCUUGGACCCUGGUCAAAAGUAGUACACUAUAAAAGGAAUAGGAUGCCAUUUGUGACGCAUUCCUAAGACUGUAUCCUUGACUCCUAACCUGUUGAGAUGGUGCUGCUCUACUCUGUGUUGACGGUAACAUGGCUGUGUUGUCUGCUAGUUCUGUUCUCACCUCCUCCAGAUUGGAUGACACCUGUAUAAAGCUGUGGUUGUCUGUGUUCUAUGUUCUGUGGUUUGAAUUUUUAUUAUUAUUAAUUAUUUUUUUGCAUUGGGUGUGAGGAAAAGCGCUUUACAAAUUAAAUGAAUUAUUAUUAUUUUUGACACACAGGAUUGAGAUCCCAGAGCCAGAGCCCACUGAGGCAGACAAACAGGCUCUAUGGAACGGGGAUCAGCCAAUGGCUGCAGAGCUACAGAGGUUCCGCAGGGAGUAUGUCCAACCGGUCCAACUCAGGUAUAAUCACCACUGUCCAAUCAUACUCCUUCCCACUGUCCAAACAAACUCCGCCCCACCAUCCAAUCAGACUCCUUCUCACGAUCCCACUGUCCAAUCAGAGUCCUUCUCACAUCCCACUGUCCAAUCAGAGUCCAUCGCACCAUCCCACUGUCCAAUCAGAGUCCAUCGCACUAUCCCACUGUCCAAUCAGAGUCCAUCGCACCAUCCCGCUGUCCAAUCAGAGUCCUUCUCACAUCCCACUGUCCAAUCAGAGUCCUUCUCACAUCCCACUGUCCAAUCAGAGUCCAUCGCACCAUCCCACUGUCCAAUCAGAGUCCAUCGCACCAUCCCACUGUCCAAUCAGAGUCCAUCGCACCAUCCCGCUGUCCAAUCAGACUCAUCCUCCCUCCUUGGUGUGGCAGUCCUCUAGCUAUCAGAGUUAUUCCAUCAUCCCCAUUCCUGUGGCCCUAACCUCCGUCUUUCGACUGUGGCAUCUCUCAAGAUAGUUUUUACUGGCCACUGUGCUUCAGCCUCUGCUUGCUCUUUGGUGUCUAGGCCGGGUUUCUGUAAAGCACAGUAGAUAACUGUUGAUAUAAAAAGUGCUUUAUAAAUGAAUUUAAUUGAUUAUCAUUCACCUCUCUCUCAGGGUCCUGAAUGUGUUCCGUCAGUGGGUGGAACAUCAUUUCUAUGACUUUGAGAACGACCCUGAGCUACGAGGCAGACUGGAGGAGUACAUCAGUAGCAUUAUACAGCUACGAGGUACUACCGCACCACUACAGUACUACCUCAAUACCACUUCAAUACUACCUCAAUACUACAGUACCACUACAGUACCACCUCAAUAUUACAGUACCACUACAGUACUACCUCAAUAUUACAGUACCACAACAAUACUACAGUACCACUACCUCAAUAUUACAGUACCACCUCAAUAUUACACAUCGGCACCACUACAAUAUUACAGUACCACAACAGAACUACCUCAAUACUACAGUACCACUACAGUACUACCUCAAUACCACUGCAGUACUACCUCAAUACUACAGUACCACUGCAGUACUACCUCAAUACUACAGUACCACUACAGUACCACCUCAAUAUUACAGUACCACUACAGUACCACUACAGUACUACCUCAAUACUACAGUACCACUACAGUACUACCUUAAUACUACUACAGUACCAGUACAGUACUACCUCAAUACUACAGUACAUUUACAUUUACAUUUUAGUCAUUUAGCAGACGCUCUUAUCCAGAGCGACUUACAGGAGCAAUUAGGGUUAAGUGCCUUGCUCAAGGGCACAUCGACAGAUUUUUCACCUAGUCGGCUCGGGGAUUAGAACCAGCGACCUUUCGGUUACUGGCACAACGCUCUUAACCACUAAGCUACCUGCCGCCCCAGUACUACUACAGUACCACAACAGUACUACCUAAAUACUACUACAGUACCACUACAGUACCACCUCAAUACUACAGUACCACUUCAAUACUACAGUACCACUACAGUACCACAACAGUACUACCUCAAUACUACAGUACCACUACAAUACCACCUCAAUAUUACAACACCACUACAGUACCACUACAAUACCACCUCAAUAUUACAGCACCACUACAGUACCACCUCAAUACUACUACAGUACCACUUCAAUACUACAGUACCACUACAGUACCACUUCAAUACUACAGUACCACUACAGUACCACUUCAAUACUACAGUACCACUACAGUACCACAACAGUACUACCUCAAUACUACUACAGUACCACCUCAAUACUACAGUACCACUACAGUACCACAACAGUACUACCUCAAUACUACUACAGUACCACUUCAAUACUACAGUACCACUACAGUACCACUUCAAUACUACAGUACCACUACAGUACCACUUCAAUACUACAGUACCACUACAGUACCACAACAGUACUACCUCAAUACUACUACAGUACCACCUCAAUACUACAGUACCACUACAGUACCACUUCAAUACUACAGUACCACUACAGUACCACAACAGUACUACCUCAAUACUACUACAGUACCACCUCAAUAUUACAGUACCACUACAGUACCACCUCAAUACUACAGUACCACAACAGUACUACCUCAAUACUACUACAGUACCACUACAAUACCACCCCAAUAUUACAGGACCACUACAGUACCACUACAGUACUACCUCAAUACUACUACAGUACCACUGCAGUACUACUACACUACCACUACAGUAUCACUACAGUACUAUUACAAUACUAAUACAGUAUCACUACAGUACUAUUACAAUACUACUACAGUACCACUACAGUACUACUUCAAUACUACUACAGUACCACUAAAGUACUACUACAAUGCUAUUACAAUACUACUACAGUACCACUACAAUACUAAUACUACAGUACUACUACAAUACUACUACAGUACAACAGCAAUACUACUAUAGUACUAAUACCAGGGGUUGGAACCGUUCAAGAAACAGAACCGAAAAUAACAAAAAAAUGUUAAAGGAACAGAAACGGAACCAGGAACGAAAGUGAGCCAUACUGUUCCGGAACAGAGACGUUAUUUUAAAAGCACGGGAACUGGUUAAGAACGUUAUUUUAUGUUCCAGGCAUUUUUUUUCUAGUCCCUCAAAAAAACGCAAAACAAAGUGCCUAUGCAAACUCUCACUCUGUCACUCAGAAACGUAUUCCAGUGUCUGCCUGCAAGAUGAACAUCUUUGCCUGUGUGUGUGUGUGUGUGUGCGCAUGUUUUUGGCUACCUGCCCCUCCCAUCUCCGAACAAUAGGCUACUGCAGGGGUGUCAAACGUCCGGCCCGCGGGCCGGAUCAGGCCCGCAAACGGGUUUAAUCCGGCCCGCGAGAUGAUUUUGAAAAAAUAAAAAAUAAAAGUAAAGUAUAAAAAUGCGCUGCAAUUUUUCAAUAAAAUAAACUGCUGUUCCAAUUGCGUCCACUGGAUGGCGCAAUAGCAGUUGUGUUAAGCAAGCAAGCUGUUUAUACCGGGGCAGAGCAAGUAGGUCAAGCACGUGCAGCCAAUGAGCUACUUUGUUUUGCCCGCGAUAUUUAUUACGGCUUCUACUUUUAACAUUAUGUGCUUUGGCACCCUCAUUGCCCCAAUAUGUCUCUGUCAAAAAAAAGAAAAGUGGACGCAGAGUGCAGAGUGUUCCAAGAAAAAUGGUCAUCCUAUUUAUUUUCAUGGAAUUGAAUGGGAAAGCUGUAUGUUUGGUGUGUUCAGAGCAUGUUGCAGUGCUGAAAGAAUAUAACCUUCGUCGCCACUAUGUGAGUCUUCAUGCCGACAAAUAUGACAACUUUCAAGGACAGCGGAGAUGAGAGAAGGUGAAUGAACUGUUGGCGGGUCUGAAGAAACAGCAGUCUGUGUUUACUCACAGCCGAGACAUCAGUGACGCUGCAGUGAAAGCUAGCUACCUCAUUGCUAAUGAAAUCGCAGUGGCUUCAAAACCAUUUAGUGAGGGUGAAUUUGUAAAAACAUGCAUGAUGAAGGCAGCGGAGAUUGUGUGCCCUGAAAAGCGGCAGGCUUUUGCAAAUAUCAGCCUGACAAGAAACACAGUUGCAGACAGGAUUUCCGAUCUUUCAGUGGAUUUGGACAGCCAGUUGAAGCAAAAAGUAAAGUCAUUUAUUGCGUUUUCGGUUGCAAUUGAUGAAAGCACGGACAUUACAGAUGUUGCACAACUGGCCAUUUUCAUCCGCGGAGUUGAUGACACAUUGACCGUCACCGAGGAGUUCGUGGAGUUGGUGCCGAUGACAGAUACAACGACAGCAGCUGAUAUUUUUACCGCACUCGUCGGCGCGCUGGACAGGGUCGGAGUGGACUGGUCCCGCGCUGUCAGCCUGGCUACAGAUGGUGCGUCCUCAAUGAUCGGGAAAAAAGCAGGCGUUGUGACAAAGUUCAGAGAGAAAGUGCAAUCUGCAAAUGGAGGACGUGAUUUUUUUGACUUUUCACUGUAUUUUGCACCAGGAGGCUUUGUGUUGCAAGUCAUUAAAGAUGGAUAACGUCAUGAAGGUGGUCAUCCAAACUGUUAAUUUCAUCCGAUCCAGAAGCCUGAAUCACCGUCAGUUUGACAGCCUUCUCAGAGAGAAAGACCACAUCUAUGGCCUGCCAUACCACACUGAGGUAAGAUGGUUAAGCCGAGGUGCUGUGCUGAGGCGUUUCUCUGAUUUACGAGAAGAAAUUGAACAGUUCAUGGAAGAAAAGGGCAAACCAGUGUUAGAAUUUCAUUCCGCAGAAUGGAUGCAGGACCUUGCAUUUAUGGUGGAUGUUACAGAGCACCUGAAUAACUUGAACAAACAGCUGCAAGGGCGCAACAAAGUUGUCACGCAGUAUUAUGACAGCAUACGUUCUUUCAAGUUGAAGCUGUCAUUGUGGGAGACGCAACUUGCCGGUGGUGAUGCAGCUCACUUCCCCUGUCUGAAAAAUGUGUGCGCGACCCAACAUGUGGCAGACAUGAAGCGGUUCAAAGAUAAAAUAACGGGACUGUUACGGGAGUUUGAGCAACGCUUUCAGAUUUAUGUUUAUAUGUUUUUAUGUUGAUGUGCUAUUGUUUUUAAUUGAUUUUAUUUUAUUUGUAUAUUUAACCUAUUCUUGACUCUGUGGUUCUUGCACUUGUUUGGGAAACAGGAUUUCAUUAUUUUUAUCUACAUUUCUGCCUGAGAAAUGACACCCUGACAUAGUUCUGUGAUCUGUGAAACAGUUCUGUUAAUCACUGAGGCAUUGUGUGUUUGUGUGUUCUUUUUCUUUAGAAUUUUCAAAUAAACUUGACGUGUUUUAUGAUUAAUAGUGAUGUUGUGCUUGUACUAUUUUGGACACACUGUCCUCAGGCUCCAGCUUUAUGUUGUAUGUUGAUCGUAUUAAAACAAAGAAAACAAUCUGAAGUUGUUGUUUUUAAGUUAUAUAUACCAUGAUUUUUCCGGUCCGGCCCACUUGGGAAUAGAUUUUCCUCCAUGUGGCCCCUGAGCUAAAAUGAGUUUGACACCCCUGGGCUACUGUAUUGAAGUUACACACCAGGCCAUUAUAAGCAUGAUUCAGAAGAUGGGGUGAGAGAUUUUUUUAUUAGCUAGAGAAGAGUGUAUUAACUUUUUCAAUUCUAGUUAAGGAUACUCUAGGCCUAGUUAUAAUGUUUCACGUUGGAUUUAUUAACUACAAAAAAGGUAAGACGUGUUUUUAGUUCUGGUGCCGCUCUGCACACACAAGCUUGUUAGCUAGCUAGCUCAAAGGACUUUAAAAGUUCCUUCAUAGAAGCCGCUCCUCCGUAGGUAUAAUUCUGUGGACCUAAUUCAGAUAAUGCAUGUCAUAACAAGAUGCCCAGCGCUGUAAGCCCCCUCAACCCUCUCUCGCUCUCUCCCCACCCAUAACAUUUCAGUCGCGUCUUGCGUCAUAGGCUACACUUGUCUGUCCAUCACGCAUGUAAACAACUAGCUUGCCUGCUCUGUCCGCACUGAUUGGUGAAGUAAUUUAAUGAGCUAAAUGAAAUGAAAAAAACGUGUUGAUUUCACAGGUUCAGAAAGGAACAGAAAGGAACAGAAAGGAACGAUAGAAACUGUUACUUUUUUGGGGGGGUUCGAAACGGUUCACAGCUUUAUUUAGCUGUUUGGAACAGUGGAACAUAACGAAAAAAAAGUGUGGUUCUGGUCAGAACUAAACGAUUGGAAAAUAAUUUCGGUUCCAACCCCUGACUACUACAGUACUACUUCAAUACUACUACAGGACUACUUCAAUACUACUACAGGACUACUUCAAUACUACUACAGUACUACUUCAAUACUACUACAGGACUACUUCAAUACUACUACAGGACUACUUCAAUACUACUACAGUACUACUUCAAUACUACUACAGGACUACUUCAAUACUACUACAGGACUACUUCAAUACUACUAUAGGACUACUUCAAUACUACUACAGGACUACCUCAAUACUACAACCUCAAUACUACUACAGUACUACCUCAAUACUACUACAGGACUACUUCAAUACUACUACAGGACUACCUCAAUACUACUACAGGACUACCUCAAUACUACUAUAGGACUACCUCAAUACUACUUCAGGACUACCUCAAUACUACUACAGGACUACCUCAAUACUACUAUAGGACUACCUCAAUACUACUUCAGGACUACCUCAAUACUACUUCAGGACUACCUCAAUACUACUACAGGGCUACCUCAAUACUACUACAGGACUACCUCAAUACUACUACAGGACUACCUCAAUACUACUACACUACUACAGUACUACUACAAUACUUCUCACUACAAUACCAAUAUUUCAUUCACAGGGACACAUUUUGCAGUUUUCACUACUUUUAUUAUUUACUAGUCACUUAUGUUAUUGUGCAGAAAAUGUUAUCAAGUUUUAAUUUUAGUUGCUAUGUGUAAUGAAUGCGUUGGUGUCCACCAGAACUCUCACAAUAAAAUAGUACGGUGUUAGAGUCUCAAACGUUUACUUCUAACCUUUGAUAGGGACUGGACAAUGGUCAUGUUUUAGUUUAAUUUAGCUUAAUUGUCAUGAAUGAUAAAAACAUGAAAACAAGUCCUUGUUUUUUUUACGAGUGACUUGUCACGUGUCCCUUCCCCAGGCAAGUCUAUGAGGAAGUGGGUGGAGUCUAUCAACAAGAUCAUCAAGAGGAAGAUUCAGACUCAGUCCAACGGGGUCAGCCACAACAUCACCUUCGAGAGUCCGCCCCCGCCCAUCGAGUGGCACAUCAGCCGCCUGGGCCAGACGGACACCUUUGACCUCAUGACCCUUCACCCCAUAGAGAUCGCCCGCCAGCUCACCCUGUUGGAAUCAGAGCUAUACAGGUUAGACUGACACCUACUGUUACCAUGGUGAUCAGUGACACCUAAUUUACUGAUCUGACCUGCCAGCCAAUUGAAGCUAUCAGACCAUAGGACUGUAGAAAAAUGUUGUUUUAAUGUAAUAUGUUGAACAGGGGGACUAUGGAUCGUCCAGAGGUGACGAGACGUGCUGCGCAGUGUGUUACUGCCUUAUUGAACUGUUACUGCCCCCUUCUCUCCCCAGGGCUGUGAGGCCGUCAGUGUGUUACUGCCUUAUUGAACUGUCACUGCCCCCUUCUCUCCCCAGGGCUGUGAGGCCGUCAGUGUGUUACUGCCUUAUUGAACUGUUACUGCCCCCUUCUCUCCCCAGGGCUGUGAGGCCGUCAGUGUGUUACUGCCUUAUUGAACUGUUACUGCCCCCUUCUCUCCCCAGGGCUGUGAGGCCGUCAGUGUGUUACUGCCUUAUUGAACUGUUACUGCCCCCUUCUCUCCCCAGGGCUGUGAGGCCGUCAGUGUGUUACUGCCUUAUUGAACUGUUACUGCCCCCUUCUCUCCCCAGGGCUGUGAGGCCGUCAGUGUGUUACUGCCUUAUUGAACUGUUACUGCCCCCUUCUCUCCCCAGGGCUGUGAGGCCGUCUGAGCUGGUGGGGAGUGUCUGGACCAAACAGGACAAGGAGAAUAACUCUCCCAACCUGCUGAGAAUGAUCCGCCACACCACCAACCUCACACUGUGGUUCGAAAAGUGAGUAGUAGUAGUAGUAGUAGUAGUAGUAGCAGUGGUGGGUAGUAGUGGUGGUGGUAGUAGUAGUAGUAGUAGUAGUGUAGUAGUAGUAGUAUAGUAGAACUGUCAGUAGUAGUAGUAGAGGUAGUAGAACUGUAAUAGUAGUAGUAGUACGUAGUAGUAGUAGUAGUAGCUAGAGAAACUGUAGUAGUAGUAGUUAGUUAGAACUGUAGUAGUAGUAGUAGGGUUUAGUAGUAGUAGUAGAAGUAAGUAGCAGUAGUAGCAGUAUAGUAGUAAGGGUAGCAGUGGUGGGUAGUGGUGGUGUGGGUAGUGGUGGUGGUAGUCGUAGUAGUAGUAGUAGUAUAGUAGUAGUAGUAGUGUACAGUAAAACUGAAAAGUAGUAAUUUAUAGUAGAAAAUUUUAGUAGUAGUAGUGGGUGUAGUAAAACCCCUGUAGUAGUGGGUAGAAAGUGGGCCGUAUUUAGAACUUUUGUAGUAGUAUUUAGUACCCAUUUUAUUUUUAGUAGUAUAGAAUUUUGGGUAGAAUUGUAGUAGAAACUGAGUUAGUAGUAUUUUUAGUAUUUAGUAGUAGCAGUGGUGGGUGGAAAGUGGGGUGUAGUGUAGUAGUAGUAGUAGUAGCGUUAGUAGUGGUUUAUGUUUAGUGUCGUAUAUAGUAGGGGGGUUAGUGGUGGUGGAAAGGUAGAGUAGUAGAGUUUUGGUUUGUAGUUAGUGGUGGUGGUAUAGUAGUAUUUAGAAUUUCCGGAAGUUUUUUAGAAUUGUUAGUAGAGCAGUGGUGGUGGUUUAAUAGUGGUGGGGGUUUGGGGGGCCCCCGGUUUUAGUAGUAGAAGUAGCAGUAAUAGUAAAAAAAGAAAUUUGGUUUAAAAACCGGGGGUUUUUAAGGGGUUUAACCGGGGUCCUUUCAGGGGUGGAAUACUUUUUGAAACAGAGUCAAUCAAAUAUAAAAAGGGUAAAACUUUAUGAAAACAGGCCCCAAACUUUAAAAUUUGCCCAAUAAAGAAAUUUUUUUGUACUGUGUGCCUACUGAAAAUCCCCCCUUAAUAAAACAAAAACCUACUAAACAUUUUCCUUGCUGUAAUCAGCCCUUUUAAAUUUUAAAAAUGAUACCCUUUUCUCUCUAUUCGCUUUUUCCUUCUAUUUCUUUUCUCUCUUUAUCUCUCUCCUCCCCUUAUUUCUUCUUUCUUUUAUCUCCUCUAUUUGCCCCGCUUUUCUUUCUCCUUCCUUUUCUCUCUUUACCCUUCGGGUUCUCUAUAUUUUGUCUCUCCCCUCUCUCGUUCUCUUUCUCUUCUCUUUCUCUCUCUUUGCCCCCUUUUCUCUCUUUCUUUUGUCCCCCUUUUCUCUCUUUUUCUCUCUCUCUCUCUCUCCCUUUUUUGGGUUCUCUCCCCUCUCUUCCCUUCUUUUUCUUUCGUUUUCCUUUUUCUUUUCUUCCGGGCUCCCUCCCCUUCUCUUGUCUCUUCUCAUGUUAUGGUCUUUUCUCUCUCUUUUAUCUCUUUCUUUUGUCUCUUUUCCGCCCCCGGUCUAUUUCUCUUUUGCCCUCUUCCCCUUUUCUUCUCUCUGUCUUGGCUUUGUCUUUUCUGCUCUUUUUCCCCUUCCUCUCUCUUCUCCCUCCCCUUCUCUCUCUCUCUUCUUUUCCUCUUUUCUCCUCUCUCUCUUUUCUCAAUAAAUUUUCAAUUUCAAUAGACUUUAUGAAAAUUGGCAAGUAAAAAAAUAAAACCACAUUGUAAAAGUAUAGAAAAACCCAAAAAUGGUGGGACCAACAGAAAAUUAAAAUAGAAGUAGGGAAAAAAGGGGAAAACCUUAAAAACAAAAACUACAACAAUCAAUACUUUAAAGCAAAGUAGUCGACCAGUCUCAAAAUACUGAAAAGGACACUUUUAAUGGUAAAACCCCAACCCAAAAAAAACAGGAAAAUUUUUUUGACUUACUUUACUUUUUUCACUGGCUGUCCCUCGGGUUUGUGGCGGGAGGCACAAAUUUGGCUGGCCAAAAUUGCCUUUUUGGCUUUUCCCCAAUAAAUAUUAAAAAUUUUUUUCUUUCUUUUUUAUUUUAAAAAAUUUUUGUACUAAAAUGAAAAAUUUUGGGAAAGAAAGUUUUCUCUUAGGGGAGGAAUUUUUUUUAAAAAGGGGGUUUUAGGAAAGGCAGCUCUGUCUCUACCUCCCCCCGGGGGGCAGGGGGGCCCCAAACCGGGGGAAACCUUUGGCCUCUCGGGAAACCCCGGGUUUCCCACUGAUCCGGUUUUUCUUUUGGGCAACUUCUCAUUUUAAUUCCUUAUCUUUAUCUUUUUUGUUUAAUUCUUUUCUUUUUUCUUUUCUCUCUUUUGCCCUUUUUCUUUUUUUCCCCUAGGGGUUCUUCUCUUUUUCUCUUUUUUCCCCCUCUUCUCUCUUUGUUUCCUUCCUGUCUCUCGUCUUUUUUAUUUUCUCUAUGUCUUCUCUCCCUCUCGUUUUUCUUCUCUCUUUUAUUUUUGGUCUCUUUUUUUGGGUUUUCUCUUUCUUUUCUCUUCCUCUCUUUUUCUCUCUCUCUCUUCUAGUUUUCUCUCUCUUUUUCUCUCUCUCUUUCUCUCUUCGGGUUUUUUCUAUUUGUCUCUCUUUUCUUCUGUCUCUUUUUUCUCUUUGUCUCUCUCCUCUCGUGUCUUCUUUUCCCCCUUUUGUCUCUCUCCUCUCUCUCUCUCUCUCUCUCUCUGCUCUCUGUCUCUCUCUCUCUCUGCUCUCUCUCUCUGUCUCUCUCUCUCUAUCUCUCUGUCUCUCUCUGUCUCUCUCUCUCGCUCUCUCUCUCUCUCUCAAUUCAAUAAAAUUCAAUUUAAGGGCUUUAUUGGCAUGGGAAAUGUAUGUUAACAUUGCCAAAGCAAGUGAAGUAGAUAGUAAACAAAAGUGAAAUAAACAAUAAAUAUUAACAGUAAACAUUACACUCAGAAGUUCCAAAAGAAUAAAGACAUUUCAAGUGUCAUAUUAUGUCUAUAUGCAGUGUUGUAACGAUGUGCAAAUAGUUAAAGUACAAAUGGGAAAAUAAAUAAACAUAAAUAUGGGUUGUAUUUACAAUGGUGUUUGUUCUUCACUGGUUGCCCUUUUCUUGUGGCAACAGGUCACAAAUCUUGCUGCUGUGACGGCACACUGUGGUAUUUCACCCAAUAGAUAUGGGAGUUUAUCAAAAUUGGGUUUGCUUUCUAAUUCUUUGUGGGUUUGUGUAAUCUGAGGGAAAUAUGUGUCUCUAAUAUGGUCAUACAUUUGGCAGGAGGUUAGGAAGUGCAGCUCAGUUUCCACCUCAUUUUGUGGGCAUUGUGUCUGCCUACGGCGGCCUUUCUCAAUAGCAAGGCUAUGCUCACUGAGUCUGUAAAUAGUCAAAGCUUUCCUUAAGUUUGGGUCAGUCACAGUGGUCAGGUAUUCUGCUCAGGAGUCCCCUCGAAGCCUACCAUUGACUAUGUACAGACCCAGUGUGCGACAGAGCUGCAGGAGUUGUGACCCGUUUUUGUUGGUUAUGUUGUCGUAGUUGUGCCUAGGGGGGCAUAUGGGGGAGGGAAUGCUGUCACCUCCAGGUAGGUGUUUGUCCCCCUGUGUGCUGAGGGUGUCAGGUUCUGUCCAGUUCUGGCAUUUAGGUCGCCACAGACUAGUACAUGUCCCUGGGUCUGGAAAUUGAUUGAUUUCCCCCUCCAGGAUGGAGAAGCUGUCUUCAUUAAAGUAUGGGGAUUCUAGUGGGGGGAUAUAGGUAGCACACAGGAGUACAUUUUUCUCUGUUGAGAUCAUUUCCUUUUGGAAUUUCUAGCCAAAUGUAAAAUGUUCCUGUUUUGAUUCAUUUAAUAGAGUGAGUUAGGUUGCUCUAUACCAAAUUAGCAUACCCCCUGAGUCCCUUCCCUGUUUCACACCUGGUAGUUUGGUGGAUGGGACUACCAGCUCUCUGUAACCUAGAGGGCAACCCAGUGGGUCAGUCUCCUCUAUACCAUGUUUCUUGUAGGAUGACAAUGUCUGUAUUUCUGAUUUCUUUGGUGAAGUCCAGGUUCCUGCUCUUUAGGCCAAAGCCAGAUGACCUCAGGCCUUGGAUAUUUUCUCUCUCUCUGUCUCUCUCUCUCUCUCCGCUCUGUCUCGCCUCUCUUCUCUCGCUCUCUCUUCGCUCUUAUCUCUCUUGUCUCUAUCUCUUUUCUCUCUCUAUGUCUUCUCUAUGUCUCUCUCGCUCUAUGUCUCUCUCUCUCUGUCUCUGUCGUCUAUCUCUCUGCUCUCUCUCUCUGUCUAUCUCUCGCUCUGUCUCUCUCUCUCUCUAUCUCUCUCUGACUCUCUCUCUGUCUUCGCUCUGUUUCUCUCUCUCUCUCGCUCUGUCUUGUCACUUAUCUCUCUCUCUCUAUCUCUGUCUUCUAUCUAUGUCUCUCUGUCUCUGUCUCUCCUUGUUAUCUCUCUCGUUAUCAUCAUCUCUGUCCUGUCUCUCUCUUCUGUCAUCUCUCUGUCUCUCUCUUAGUCGCUCUCUCUCGCGUCUCUUCUCUCUCUGUUGUCUUCUGUCUCUCUCUGCUCUGUCUUCUCUCUCGCUCUGCUCUCUCGCUCUCUCUCUCUCUCUCGCUCUGUCUCUCUCGCUCUCUCUCUCUCUCUCGCUCUGUCUCUCUCUCUCGCUCUGUCUCUCUCUCUGUCUCUCUCUCUGUCUCUCUCUCUCUGUCUCUCUCUCUGUGUCGCUCUGUCUCUCUUGCUCUGUCUCUCUCUCUGUGUCGCUCUGUCUCUCUUGCUCUGUCUCUCCUGUCUCUCUCUCUCUGUCUCUCUCUCUCUGUCUCUCUCUCUGUGUCGCUCUGUCUCUCUCUGUCUUUCUCUCUCUCGUCUCUCUCUCGCUGUCUCUCUCUCGCUCUCUCGAUGUCUGUCUCUCAGUCUCUGUCUCUCCGUCUCUGUCUCUGUCUCCGUCUCUCUCUGUUUGUCUCUCUCUCUGUCUCCGUCUCUCUCUCACUCUGUCUCUCUCUCUCUUUCAGGUGUAUUGUGGAAGCAGAGAACCUGGAUGAGAGGGUAGCCGUGUUCACGCGGGUCAUUGAGAUCCUCCAGGUGUUUCAGGAGCUCAACAAUUUCAACGGUGUUCUGGAGGUGGUCUCUGCCAUCAACUCUGUCCCUGUCUACCGGCUGGAUCACACCUUUGAGGUGAACACACAGCUACGCUGCACCCUGUUCUCUAUAUAGCCGGGCUCUGGUCCUCUGUAGCUCAGCUGGUAGAGCACGGCGCUUGUAACGCCAAGGUAGUGGGUUCGAUCCCCGGGACCACCCCAUACACAAAAAUGUAUGCACGCAUGACUGUAAGUCGCUUUGGAUAAAAGCGUCUGCUAAAUGGCAUAUUAUUAUUAUUUAUUAUUAUUAUUAUUAUUAUAAAAGUAGUGCACUAUAUAGACAAUAGGUUACCAUUUCAGGUCAAAAGUAGUGCACUAUGUAGGGAAUAAGGGUGCCAUUUGGAACGCACAGUGGUCAGUUUAACCAACCAUUACUGUUAGUAGCAGAUCCUGGCCAGUAAGCCUUUAGCCAUACACAGGAAUCUAUAUCUCACAAGACUCAUAUCGUGUUGGGUGCAAGGUUGAGGUCAAUCCCAUUUACAUUCAAGAAGUAAACUGAAAUUCCAAUUCAUGCAAUAUGAAAUAGAAUUGACCCUAACCCUGCCAGAAUGCAACGUGUACUGUCUGGUAACUGGUCCUGUGUGGCUUAGUCGCUAAAGCAUGGCGCUUGCAACGCCAAAGGGCCGUGGGUUCAAUUCCCGCUGUGGCCAACAAUAUGUAAAAUGUGUGCAUGACUAAGUCGCUUAAAAGCGUCUGCUAAAUGGUACAUAUUAUUAUUAUAUUACUUGUUGGGCACUAAGACCAGAGAUAAUAUUUUACUGAGCAGCAAGGUCCAGUAUGUAGCUUCGUGGGUCGACCCGACCAAAUUAACAUAGAAAUGUUAGUUUAUAGAUCUGUCAUUCGCAUUGAAAAUGCAAAAGUAGAGAUAUUGUCGUGGUCUCGUCUUCAGGGUCUAAGAGUAAAAGCAUCUAGGGAGGUGGAAUGCCCAGGGCCAUUUAAGAAGUACUGGCCGUAAAGUUAUCAACCAAACCUUGCUUUUUGUAGCUAUAUGGCAGGUUAAGUUGCAUUAA